AUGCCUCAGGGAAAACUUCGUGGAGGGUUGCGCGGCGAGGUACAAUCUACCGUAAGAGAGAACUACGGUAGUAAAGCUGUGACUUCUAACUUUAAAAGCCGAGUCGUUCAUCCGAGAAAUCCCAAACUUGUGAAGGGAAGCCCUGAAGAUGAUAAGGUAAAACUUCAGAAGAAAAAUUUACCUGGUUUAUUAUUGCUUUGGCCAAGUAAUUUUUCCGAAUCGUACUACACUAUGUGUAAAACAACCAGACAAGUGUAUCUCUGUGCUGAGAGUUGAUCGCAAUCCAUCAGCAAGCUUUUAGUACGUUGUAAAUAGAGUUUUGAAAAUUGCAAUAAGUGUGAUUUCAAUUUUAGGAUCUAUGCAUCUCUGUAGCGUUAACUAGCCGGAUGAAUCUGUUUGCAAGGCAAGCGAACAGCAAACAUGUUCUACUGUCUGCAAAAGUCAGCUGAGUAGACUAUACUGAGUUUCGAAAUUUGUAAUGCUCAUAUUAUGAAAGAUUAUGGUAAAAUUGAUUUCCUUUUGCUAAGAAUCAAGUAUUUUCCUCAUUUUUUCUAGAUCAAGAAGGUACAACGCUAAAGAGACGCAAAAAAUGUACACCAAACUAGAUCUACAGUAUACAGUCGCAAAAAUUCCUUCUUUGGGGAUAGCAAUACUGAUCACAAUUAUGAUUUUUUUUCAUAUACUCAGCAAGCUCCUUCUGCUUACAUGGCUGAGAUGCAGCUCACCACAGAUGAAAGAUUUAAGCUCACAUAUGAGAUGAGGGUGCCUCAAAUUAUUGAGUUACUAGACAUGUCAGAACAGACUCUUCAGAAGGUAGAUGGUUGCUUACUCUUUGACUUUGCUUUUGACAACUGUACUGUACUGUACGAAGUUAUCAUCCAUCAAAGUUGGUUUCCUUCACAGAAAACAAAAAUAGUAACUGAUUAAUUGAUUAAUUAAUGGUUUAUUGUGAUCAAUGCUGGACUUGCAUUGUCUCUGAUGUUAAACUCUAUCAUGUUGUUGAAUUGUCAGUCUCUACCACCAACAACAGUCCCUUUCAGGACUACCCCAACCUGGAUGAACACAAAAUUAACCAUCACUCCUAAAAUCAAAUCAUUUACCACAAUUUAAAUAAGAUGACUGAAUUCAUCAAAUAUUAGAAUAAUGAAGACGAAAACACCAAGUAUGAUCUUGUUUUUUUUCUUUUUAAUAAUUUUACCCCUGUAAGAUAAAAUGUGGUCAACAAUUCUUGUGCAUUUUUACAAAAAUUUUGUGGUCUCCUAUAUAUAUUUUUGCUAGUAUGGAAGGACUUGAAGUAAUUGAUUAUUUGCUUCUGUCUACAGUUGUAAUGACAGGGCACAGAAUUCAUCAAGCUUUCUUCAAAAACUGUUAUUUUUUCUCCGUAGUUCACUACUAUGGAUAUUGAAGAGCCUCUGUUUCAGCCGUUUCCUUCAGAUAUUGUGUUCCAAAAUUUCAACCCAUUUGAGACAUAUCAGGUUCCAUUGCAGUUGAGGAACAAUGAUAAGGUGAAGAAGAUUCCUAAGAAAAUCAGAGAAAAACCUCUUACUAAAUAGACUCGUGAUGUAAGAUGUAACAGAAGAGGAAACAUUUUGACAGACAAUAGAUCACCACAGCUACAAACACAUGAAAAGUAGUUGUAAAAGUAAAGUUUUAAGAAAAAGGAUGGGUUUUGAUGGUCUUCAAUUCUUUAGGGGUGUUGUUGCUCUGCAAUACCACUGCAGAGAUAUAACCAACAGAAUAAUCAAUCCACCUGAGGUCAUGUUACUCUUCAUUUUAAUUAAUACUCAGAGACAGAGAGAAAGAACUGAUAACCUGUAUAGCUUCCUCUUAAGGAAAAGUAGGAAUACUCCAUGAAAAUCUACAAUAAGGACAUUGGAUGAAGUAGGUUUGGGCUGAUUUGGAGCUGUGCAGGGCUAACUUUUUUGUUGAGUGUGGUGACUCAACCUUGGGGAAGAUCAAGUUUACACAGAGUUUAAAUUGGUUGGGAUUGGAUUUUAUGUCUGCUGUAUAAUGUAAUGUCUAUUUAAGUAAGUGUUGAUUGAACUGAACAGAAUAUGAUAUCAGGGACAGUGACAAAUAUUGUGGUGUAUUUUUUUAAACUUUGUAGGUUGCUCGUCUUGUUAAAGUGACCCAAACAGAUUCUCCAUACUUCAAGAUCAUCAGCCCUCAUGAUGUGGGACACAAAGUAGCUCCUGGAAUGGAUACUGUCUUCAUCAUUCAAUUCACCCCUGAUGAGAAAAAGGUAUUAGGUGGAGUAGUGUGUUCAUUUGAUAGCUUUGUGAAUUGAAAGACAUUAUACUCAACUCUAGGUUUGGCCUUAUUCUUUCAACAGGACUAUACCCAUGAGCUUAUUUGCAUCACUGAAAGGGAGAAAUUCUUGGUGCCAGUAAAAGCAAUUGGGGCAAGAGCCAUCCUUGACUUUCCAGAUGAGAUCAGCUUUGGAACUUGUCCUGUAAAGGUAUAUGCUUGAAGCAUUUUGAUUGUUGUUUCUUAAUUUACUAUUUAUCAGACUGACAACAAGCAACUGUACAUUUGGGUGUUGCAUGAAUGUACUUGAUGCUGUUGCCCAUUGCUGUUGGGGUAUUGAAUAAUGAAAUCCACAAGUUGCUUAGAUGGCUAAUGACUGCUGCUUGAAAAUUCAAAAUUGAGAUAAAACAAUUUUAGUGGCAUGUUCAUUAUAACCAACUUUGUGGACGCAAAUGUGUGCUGUAUUGGUGAUACUCUGAUACUCAUUACAAAGAAAGUUUACAAGAACAUCUAAAUUUCUUGGUACCACUUAUCAUGUUAUUGUUGUAUCUUCUCAGUAUGCCACCACAAGGACUCUCCUUGUACGAAACAUUGGCAACAGCGAUGCAAAGUUUCAGCUGUUAGUACAGGAGCCAUUCUUUGUUACACCUGACAGUGGUCGGCUGGCUAUCGGGGACAGCAUGCAGAUUCAUGUAGAUUUCAAGGCCUUGCAGACAGGAGACCAUGGUAGUCAUAUGAUUCUUCAAUAUGAAACAGGUAAAUUCAAUUUGUAAAAAUAUUUAAAAUUUCUAUUGUCAUAAGGAUAAUUGUCAAGUUUACUGCAACAUGUUAUUAGAGUCUGACAUGAAUUUCUUUUGUUAAAAUUUGAUACAGGAGAAGAAAUCUAUAUCAGUUUGUAUGGAGCUGCAAUUGAUUACAAUAUCCGACUGGAUAAAAGUACAGUCAAAAUGGAAAACGCUUUCAUAUCAUGUGCCUCACAAAGGUGGGUUACGUUAUACUUGAGAUGACUGACUAGUAUAUAAUAAUGUAUUUCUAUUCAUUCAGUUUCUAUUCUUUGCUACUUCCAUUUGAAAAAAUGGUUAGUAACUUAUUCUAUGUAAUCAUUCUGUAAACUUUAGACUCUAAGAUCAGUAAUCAUAUUCUCCAUACGUUUCUCUAUACAUUUCCUAUUACAUUUCCUCCAAGGAGACUUUGUUGAACAAUCAAGGGUUUCUUUAGUUGGUGAUCAUUUCCUUUAUUCUUGUGACCCUAAUGUUUGAUUCAGGAGUGGUAUUGUGAGGAGAAAUUAGAUGCUGGUCACUAUUAGAGGUCAAAGGGUUAAAGUUAUCUGUCUGUUUCUUCUCUACUCAGGUCUUGUUCUCUCCAGGCUUCCUGUAGAUUUGAAAAAAUAAAACCUUUUUUUUGUCUUUUAUGCCAAAUUGAUUAAGUAGCUUCAUGAUCAGUGAUGCACAAUUGAAAUAUCUACUGGUACUGACCUAAUACCAUCUUCUCAAUCUCUAGGACAGUCACUCUCUCCAACAGAAGUGAUAUUAUUGUCCAGUUCAAGUGGACAAACUUUGCAACAUUAAGGGAAGAAAUGCAACAUAAGGAUAGGUAGGCUUUGAAUUUCUCUCUGUAAGAUUUACUUUCUGUGCAGUAUUGAAGGGACUUUGAUCUUUUUAUGCUCAUCCUAACCCUAAGCAUCUACAUGUACUUUUAGAUAGAAGACUAUAAAAGAUGAUUAUGAAUGGUGUGAUUUUUGAAGCAAAGCUCUACAAAUACUGAGCUAAGAGAAACUCUUUGGAAAAAGAAGGCACCAAAUGAAUAUACUUGGUGCAUGAAAAUACCACUAGGAACUGUGUAAGUCAAUCCUGACAGAAACACAGCUCCAAACAGGAAUGUGUCAUAGCUGAUAAACACUAGAAUGCCAAAACAUUUUCAACCCUCUCAGAGCCAGCUACUAUAAGCAAACUUCCUCUUUGUCAGUAAAUAUAGUUAAGUCAAAUUGCACUUAUUUCUAUCAAAAAACAUAAUAAUUAACUGUUAGGAAUAUUUGGCUGGACUGUUAAUACUUAUAUUCCCGAGAUCUCAAUAGCAAUUCUCCUUACUGUCUGCCAUUCAAUUCUUAUGAUUUUGUGAAUUUGGUAUUGAGUCAACCAAUAAUCCUUCAAUUGAUCGUUUUCUUUAUUCUCAUCACUUUUCGGCUUGUAAGAAGAAAUUCUGUCUUGGUCACUCAUGGGAGUUAAAGGGUCUGGGUGAACUGCUCUCAAUGUUUGUUUUGUAGGUUUUACAUGGACCUUGAGAGUGAGGAAAAUGUGGAAAAGGAUGAGUUCUUUGAAGAAUGCCUCAGUGAUCCUACUCUUCGAGAUCAAAUGUCUAUCUUGACAAGAAAAUUCAAAAACAAGAUGCAGGUAAUAUGGAACAGGUCACAGAAACAACUAAUAACUAUUGAUCACUUUUAUGGGCAAGACUUAAGUUAUGCUUGAAGGCUUUAGUUUCUUCUCAAGUUUCUUAUUCUGUUAUUUUUCCUUUUAAAAUGUGACAGGCAAUUGCUGAUGACAAACUACUUUACGGAGACUCAAUUGUCACUAUUGACCCAGUGGUAAGGAAUGCUAUAGCCAUUCAUUAUAUAAGACCAGCUGCAUAUGUGGGAUAAAGUGCUACCAUAAAAGCACAGAAAAUUACUCAAUUGUUGAUCAUAUACACCAUCAUGCUCUCAACAUUGCUAAGUUAAACAAUUUAGUUUUUUGAGCCAGGACCUUUUUUAAGAUCAGGAAAAAAUGUUUUGUACAAAUCAAUGUCUUUGAUAAUUUGUUUUAUAGGAAGGAGAGAUCUGGCCCAAUUCUCAAGCAGAAAUCAGCAUUAUCUUCAAACCUCAAGAGGCCUGCAAGUAAGAGUGUGAAAAUAAUGCUUGGAACUACAAAUAAGACAUCUUGUUUUAUUUAUAUGAACAUCUUGCAAAUAUUCAAAGGUCAGGGGUUUAUGUACAUGCUUUUUAUAAAAAUGAGUGGCUAACUCAUUGUGGGUGCUUUCUGUAAGCUGUAUACUGCUCCCUUGAAACUUGAAUAUCCAAAUCUUUGGGGUCCAUGGUUAAAAUAAUUUUUUGUCACUGCAUAGAGCAGUUAUGAAUACGGUGAUUACUUUUUUUAAUUAGUAGUUAGCAUAUUGAGUUGACCUCUAAGUGUAGAGGAUCAUCAAUUGACAUUGACUGACAAGAGCUAGUAUUUUGUAUCAAGUUUUAUCUCAGUUGUUGUCAGUACUAUACUUAGUAUUUGUACUGAGAGCCUUAAAUUGACAGUGUGGUUUUUUUUUGUAGCUAUGCCAGAACUAUAUACUGUGAUGUUACAGGCAGAGAAUCAAGGUUGCCUUUAAGAAUUAGAGGUGAUGGAAUAGGCCCUCAAGUGCACUUCUCUUUGGAUACACUAGACAUUGGCAGUGUAUUCAUUAAUUCUCAGCAUUCUUAUGAGGUAAAGAGAUACACUUUUUGAAAGUAUUUUAAACUCCCAUGAGUGACCAAGACAGAAUUUCUCCUUAUGAUAUCAAUACAAUAUUAACCAAACAAGUAUUAUGAAAAUAAAGAAUAUUAUCAAUUGAGGGAUUAUUGGUUGAUCUAAUAACAAAUUCUCUGAAAUAACGUUAUAAGAAUUGUAUGGCAUACAGUGAGGAGAUUGCUAAUGAGAUCUUGGGAGUGAUAGGACUAAUUUGUGUUUAUAAGAGGAAUAUAAUUUGAUGUUUUUCUUAUCCACUGCAGGUUAUUUUGUGUAACAUGGGGGAUAUUGAUGCUGUAUUUAAACUCCUUCCUUCCAACACCCAAUUUGGUCCACAGUUUUCAUUCCUUCCUGCCCAAGGAAUUGUCAUUCCUGGAGGAUACCAGGCCAUUCAGGUAAGAGAUCUUGUAUAACUCCUUCACAAAGAAUACACUCAGUUAAAGGUGAUUCCUCAGAAAAAGAGUUAUCAAACAAUUUUUUUUAAAACUUUCCUUAGAUGUUUCCUACCAAUGUCUGUUUUGAAAAAUACAAUUUGAAAGAUAGGUCACCCACUUAGGUUUAAGAUAUGAUGAGCCAAACUCACCCCACCUAUGCCUGCUCUGGCACUAAACAUGCACACCAUUUGAUCAGAUCACAGUAAAUUUUGAGGAAGCUGGAAGUAAGGGUGUAUAAAGACACAUUAAAAAAAUUUGAUGGUAGAAAAUUUCAAGCGUAUGGAGCAAUUUGAUAAUUCUAUAAUUUGUGAGAGUUGUUAUUGUUAAGAUCAUAAUUUGCAUUAUCAUGUAACAGGCUUUGUGCACGCUUUUAGCCAUAUCUUUUUUCCCUCUGAAUUUUUUUAAAUUUCUCCAGUUUAAAGGGAAUCAUUUGCACAACAAAAUUAUGCAAUAAAAGAUAUAGGUCACUAUGGUCAUUCACGAGCCAAAGACUAUUGUACCUCUUUACCUGGUCCAUUUAUUAAAAGACCAUACUGUAUUCUUGGAAUGCGCACACGCUUAUUCACCUAUUAUGCGAUUUUUAUGUGCAGUACAUGAUGUGCAGUGCAAUACUGAGGAAUCAUCUUAAGACUGUGUAUAAAGUCUUUAGCUGUCAAAGUCUUUCUAUUGAUUUAAAAGCAUUGUGAGUCAUAUUACUGUUCAUUCUUUUAUUUACUAGAGGGAUCAAUGAAGGCACUGUAUGCUAGAGUUAAAUGUCUCAUCUAUGAACACAACAAACUAAUUCCUGCACCUGAGAGCCACUUAUGACCAAGAAGUUUUGGUCAAGAGACAGUUGUCUUGACAAUUUGCUUCUCCUUCCCCCCCCCCCUUUAUUUCUCCGUAAAAAGUUAUUUGAUUCUUGCCAAUAUAAAGAUGUUAUUUGUUAAGCCAAAAACAUGUUUCUUAAUUUACUUAGAUUCACUUCUGCUCACCCAUACUUGGUGAUGUCAACGAAGUGUUUGAAUUUGCUGUGGAAGGGUCGCCUGAGAAACUCGAAUUAAAGAUCUUGUAAGUCACUGGGAUAUUUUUGUGUCUGUUCCUUGGUCUUAGUGUCUCACUAAGUGAUUGACUGGAUAUUUCGUGUUUGCUCUCUUGUUAGGGGAUCAGUGAUUGGCCCCACUUUCCAUUUUAAUAUACCAAAACUGAAAUUUGGAGUAGUUUCAUAUGGUAAGUUGAGAGGAAUUAACAUUGGUUCUUUACUCUUGUUGUUUGUUGUUGAUAUUGUUUCUUUUUUGUUCCAAUGUUCACCAGACAGGCACUUAAAUGAUCGAGAAACAUGAUCAGGAGCUAAUUAUAACUUUUUUUUUGAUGUUCUUGUCAUCCUUUUCUUGUAGGUUUUGUGAACACUCGUGAGUGUACACUGGUCAAUACUUCACUCAUACCCAUGGCAUUCAAUGUACGUGUUCCCGCUGAUGGUUUGAUAAAUGAGGAAACACGAAGCCGGGAUAGUUUGAUUGAUAGUAACAUUAGUGACACUGGUAGCACCAUAAUGCCAUCUCCAAAGGAGUUUGAUAUUACACCGUCUCGUGGCACUAUUUCUCCUCAGGGAGAGCUUGAUAUUAAGGUGAUUAGAAUAUUAUAAUAUUGUAGAGGCAUUUUCUGUAAUGUCCUCUUUGAUGUUGUUGUCUGGAUGGGGCUGUUUGUUCCAGGCACUCUGUUUUUUUUGGCCAUAAGUAAAAAGCAGGGUUAGGAAGGAAAGAAUGAAAGGCUUCUUUGUUUGCCUGCAUGAUUUAAUUUUCUCACUUUAAUCUCCCCAUGAUUAAGGAAAUUGAAGUGUCUCUAAUUACUCUGAGCAGCAUAUGUUAGUUUGUGGCCUUUCCCUACAUCUAGGCAGUUUGGAAAGCUGCAAAACUCUAGAACAAAAAUUUAUCUUUCAAAUUGGCACUCUUAAUCCCCACAGUAUCAACAAGCGCUUUUCAUUCAACUAAUUUAUUCUUUUCACCAUAUUCCUACCAGAAUUGUAGCCACACUGCCUGCAUAUAAACACGCACACAACCCACAAUUCCUCCAUUUGCUCCAAAGAAGGGUUAACACUCCAAACAUCAGCUUUGAAACUCUUUACAGUGGCCAAUUUACCCUAUCAGCUCAGUUGAUAAUACUAAAUGAAUUUUGUCAGUGGCAUGAAUUUGUAACACAGUUUAUAACUUACAAGAAAAAAGAGAUUCUUGGAUACAUAGAAUAAGUUUUGGUACAUGAACAGGGUAGAGAAACAGCAGUCCAUUAUGAGGUUUGAACCCUUGACAGCCUGUCCAUCAUUUGGAUGCAAUAUUUGGAAACCAAUUUUCAUCCUAAUUUCACAGGUGGACUUUGUGUCAACCUCUGUCAAAAAGUAUGAAAUUGCUUUGGUAGUUGAUGUGGAUGGAGUUGGAGAGGAGAUUCUGUCACUUCCAAUAAUAGCCAAGUAUGACCAUUUUAUAUUUGUUGUAAUGUUUUUUCCCUUUAAAGGUUAGGUACACUAUUUUUCAUCAGGUAUUUCUGUCUUUGAACACUGGCCUACUAAGUUUUCAAAAGGAAAGACUACAGAUACCACAUGGUUGUCUCUAUGCUCCUCCAUGAUGACAGCCCAAAACAUUUCAAAAAACACAAGUUUAUUCUAUUAAACAUAAAAUUACAUCUUUUAAUCAAAUUGAAGCACUGAGGUGAAAUCAUUCCUCUUUGGGAAACCUUCAUGCAUGUGGAAUGAAAUUCUUAGACUUAAACUCUGAUCACAGAUGAAGAUUUCUUAAAUCCUGUCGCACUUUUUAAUAAGGAAAUAUUGAUGACUGCUCUUUGUGUUGACAGAUGCGUGGUCCCACCCAUUACUGUCUCUACACCACUCUUGGAUUAUGGUCGUUGUUUUCUCCAUCACCCCUAUGAGCUUCUUGUCAAUCUGGUGAACGAGUCUGAUCUGCCUGCCAAAUAUGAAUUGUUGUCACAGGUAUUUACUUUUAUACAUGUAAAUUUUCUCAUGGGUACAUUCAACAUAGAAGUUUUCUAGUGUUGUUUUUGUUGAGAUUUUUUGACAUGUUGGAUUGAUUUUCUUCGUUAUAAUAACAGGUUGUGGAAGAUGUGACACCAAUCCUGUAUACAAGUCCUGAACCAAAGGUUAGAGUUUAAGAAACGGCAAAAAAUGGUUUCCGGCAGAAAUUUCAAUCACGAGCAGCAAUCAUUAGUUUCUGCAAAAUACAGAUACUAGCCAAUCUAGAAAUUUUAUGUGCGAUGUGAUAAUACUUGCAACCUCUGAUGCAAUAAAGCUGGACUGAACUUACACAUCAGAUAGAAAAGAACAAGAGAUGUUACAAUGUAGAUUUAUCUUCUUUUCCUGAUCGUUUCUAGUGUAACUGUUGGCUGCUGGUUGUAAGUUAACCAAUUAAAGUAUCAUUGAAUUUCUUGUUCAAAAGAUGGGCUUGGUGGAUAGGUCUACUAGUGUUUCCACAAUUAUUGUUUGUGUUUUAUGGUUUCAGGGAAUUAUCCAGCCUCAUUCUGUGAAAGAAGUUCCUCUUCAUAUUACAGCAGAGUGCCUGGAGGAAGUUACCACUGUGGCUUACUUCAUGAUAUUUGGGAGCAGUGAGGCUCCACUGGUAAGGAUGACACUGUAAAGAUUACUAGUGGAUGUAAUUUUUUAGACACGUGUAACCUACAAUGGUAGCUAAGAAAGGCUAGAGCAUUAGUGGAAGCGUCUCUAGUGCUUUAUAAACUUUCCAAGUGCUUCGUAUCUCGAUGAACGCACGGCUGUCACAUGAAGUAAUUGCUUUAAAGCACUUUCAAAGAAAUAGUCUAAAUGAUUCAUUUAGAGACGUUCGAGCAGGUGGGCUUUAAUGCUAUAUACAAGUCGUCAGCGUGCACAAAAGGAAUAUAAAGCACACUCAAGCUUUGAAUUGGAUGAUACAAAUUAACUAAACAUUUAUUUUAAAGGGGGUAAGUUUUAAAGAAAACUGUGGUACUGCGUCGGUGGGGUGUUAUAAGAUAGUUUGGGUUAAAAAACUGAGUUGACAAUGUCAGAGCUCUGACGAAGGGCUGACGCUCGAAACGUCAGCUUUAGAAACUACUUACGGUGGCCUAGUUACAUCAUCAACUUACUUGAUAGAAUCAAAUGAUCUAAUUAUUUUGCAAUUCUACUUAUGUUCCAGGGAGUUCAGAUCCAGUGUGUGGGUGAGGGACCAGUCAUACAUGUUGUUCCAGCUCAUGUUGAUUAUGGGACCAUCCCAGUUUUAACAGACAUCUCCAAGAUUGUUCAGCUUUCCAAUGAGUCCCUGAUUCCAGCGCAGUUUUCUUGCAGUAUGGUAAGUAUUGUACAUGUUCAUCCUCAAAUGUCUUUGAAGCAGUUGAAGUUAACAUUUUCUUUUCAUUUCCUUGAUUUUUAGGUUCGUCCCAAUUCGCUGUUUUCUGUUGAGCCAGCCCAGGGUGUUAUUCCACCUGAAAAUACUCUGCAACUUAAAGUCACCGCAAAUGUUGAUGAUACAGUCAAGUAAGAAUUCUACCUUGUUAUGUUAGAGUGCAUUUCGAUUGAUUGUCGUGAAACAAAAUCAAAGUAAUUACAACAACCAAUCGUAAGGAUGGAGAGUACCCGAUAGAGCCAAUCAUAAGAAAGGAGAGUACCCAAUAGAGCCAAUCAUAAGAAAGGAGAGUACCCAAUAGAGCCAAUCAUAAGAAAGGAGAGUACCCGAUGGAGCCAAUCAUAAGAAAGGAGAGUACCCGAUAGAGCCAAUCAUAAGGAAGGAGAGUACCCGAUAAAGCCAAUGAGAACUCAAAGUGUAAACAAGCAAACCGCUUAAAGCGCGGGAAAACGCGAAUGACAGAGUCGCGAUUGUUUUGAUUUUUUCAUUUGAUUGGUUGAGAGAGCAGCGGGAGUUUUCUGGACCAAUCACAAAGCAAAGAAAAGUAAAACUAGUACAAUCCGGGAUAAGUAAAAUUACUCUUAGAAAUGUACUCCUUUGGUUAGGACCUCAAAUUCUUCAUACUUGUGACUUAUCUGUGUUGUCGUCUUUUCCAUGCGUGUUGCAAAACCAAAAUCAAAACCAAAGUAAUCAUAACUGCCUAUCAGAGCAUAACACAAAAUAACAAUGGGUUAUUAAUAAGAACUCAAAAAUGAAGAAACGUAAAUUAUUCAAAGCACUUAUGCCUAUUAGAUGCGUGAAGUGGUUUACAGUGAAGUAAAACUGAAGCAAUCUCUGAUUACUUUACUAUAGUUUAGUCGCUAUAACAAGAGUUGCUUUGAAGCUAUCACUGGCUGUUGUCUUUCCACUAAUGGAUCAUCCAUUCCCACGAAUAUUUUUGUCAGGUUUCAGGACAAAUUGUCAAUCAACAUUAGUGACAGUCAGAACCAAACAGUCAGCCUCAUGGCCUACGGCUCUGGCACAACCAUCGUCAGUGAUCCUCCCCUAGCUCCAGCCGUUAAACUUGGUCCACAGUUCAGUUGCCAGCCUGUCAAGAGAUGGUUCCAACUGACAAACAGCGGAAGGAGGCCUCAACAGAUUUAUUGGACCACUGAAGGUUUCCUCCCGUACAGGACUAAGAAGAAGCCUGAGUACAAUCCGGAAGACAUGAGAUACCAGGUAAUAAGCUAGAAAGGUUUUAAGCUGCGAGCUAAAUGGAGAAUAUUGAAUACAAAUUCCUUUACAGUGACACAUUCACCCUGAUAUCACUAGAAAUCAAGUUCUAAUUACUCAGAUUGUGUCAGAGAAAGUGUAAAAACCCGUAGCGAGUGGGAGAACCAACGACCAAAAAUUCAUUGUUGUAGAAGUACUCAUAAGUAGAUAGCUUGGUUUCAUCGCACAUUACAGAAAACCGGAAGUUAAUGUAUGAAGACAAGCCACUUGUGCCAGGAAAUUAAUGAAUUAUGUGCCACUGGAGUUAUUGUAGCAUAUGGUUAUACUCAUCAAAUUGCUAAUACAACGGUUCAUGUUGGUUUAACAGGGCCAACCACCACCUGUUGAUCCGCCUAAGCCUGUGUUUCAGUUAACACCCGACAGAUUGGUACUACAUCCUGGAGUUUUUAGAUCAUCAUGCCAAAAAGGCAUGUAAAACUGGAAGGAUAUUGCCAUGAACUUGAUGCCCUCCCAGGUCUUCCCCAUCUCCUUUAUUUCCUUCUCAACUGUCCGUCGCCAAUCUUGGGGCGACCCUGCUUGCGUUUCCCUUCUGGCGUCCAAUGCAUUUUUGCAAUGGAAAGCUACAUAACCGAUCUGCUAUGGAAUUUUUAUAGUAACAUGUUUUUUAGGAGGCAGAUGCUACUUGCCAUUUUGGACGUUAUGAAAAAUUUGCUUCUUCUCUCAUUCAUCGCAUUUAUUUGUCGGUAGUUCAUUUUUACAGAGACAAGUAUUGUUUUGGUCAUAGAUUAUGUAGCUAGAUCUCUGUGCUCAUCCUGAAAAUGGGUUUGUACAUGAUAAUGGAAACGUUAUGGCAACAAGCUCUUUAUUUUUGUAUUUUUUUAGUCCACAAAUUGUAAAGGAGCGCAUGUUCUGUCAUGCUAUCAUUGGCACUAGUACUGGUAAGGAACGUAUCAUGAGGGUGGAUAUUAGUGCAGAGUUUAUCAGCCCACUGCUGUCUUUUUCUCAAAGGGAGAUAAAUUUCUGUGUCAUGAAGGUAAGCCAGUUGAACUUAAAACAGAAUUGUUACCAUUCCAUGGGAAGGAUUGUUUGCUUUUGUGUUCUUGAUGUUUUUGUGUUCUGUAACAAUUAUCGCCCAUGUUUUAAGUGGUAGAUAGGUGCAUAAAUGCCCGCGCGGAUGAAUUGCAAACCUAGACCUGAGGAGAAACUGAACGUUGCAAACUCACCCAACAACGAGGCCGCCUCCACAUAGAGCCAUCAAAGGAACUAUUAUGCCUUGGAAAGUUAUUCUCACCAAACAAAAAUAGCAGAAUUUCAAAACUUCUUGUUUUUAGCGGAGUGAAUUCGCUCUCAGCUCUCUCUGCUAAAUGUUGAUGAAGGUAAUUUUUGUUAUAUGGAUUACAUUUUAACAUAGAAAUUACUAUUUCAUUAUUUGUUUCUUUUUUCUUUUUUUACCUGCAGCACCCUGAGAGCACUUUGGAAGUAGAGACCAAGCAAGUCAUGAUGCACAACGUGUCAUCCCUCCCGCUCACAGUCGUGUUACAAGCUUCCUAUCCCUUUCAGUUGCUUGUGGAGGAUCCACGUUGGGCACCUGUUAAUGUUAAAUCAUCUCAAUCGGUGAGACAACGUGCAUUUAUAAGAGAACAUUUUUUUCAGUAUUUACUUUUAUAAAAUACAUUUUGAAUGAUAAAGUAGUGUGCAGCACGGUACCAACUCAAACUUUAAAAAACUUGCCCUAGCCUCCCCUGCGUUUCGUGUGACGGUAACGGAGUUUAUCGGAGAGUUUUCAAGGUUGCUUUCAAUGAGGAACAAUCAGGAUGUAUUCGCAAGGCAUGAAUAAGGAGUUGUACGUGAGUGGCAAAGGGAUUACAUGUACUAAAUCGUGACACAUCUGAGGCUCACAGAUUUGAGCUCUGUUGUAUUUAGCUUUGGCUUUUGUGUAGCAUCGGAAGACAUGCAGGUUAAUGCCAUUUACAAACGUUUGGGUAAUUAUUUCCGAAGUUAUUGUUUUCCAUUUUCAGGAAGUGUCACUGGGCGUUGGUGAGAAUAUACCCGUGCUGAUUCAGUUCGAUCCUUCUUACAAGGAUGACUUUGUGACCAGAACCGCUGAGAGUCAAUUAGAGGUGUCAUUCAAAGAACAUCCACAAAAGGUGAAGAGCUUUGUGUCCAAUGAUUGGGUCUUUACUCCUGUAACACCUUUAUUUUUAUAACGGAAUGCUUUACAAGUGACAAAUAGUGAAUUACGCAAGGCUUCACUCUCACAUCUAAGGUGGUUUAAGACUAGCCAUUGAUCUUUCAGUUUGAUCAUGAGGGUGACAGUAGUCUUGAAAAGGACUUUUGACGGUCGUAUUAACUGAAGUUUCACCUUCACCCGUGCGAUCUAACAACACGAUCAGCUUAUCAUUUAACUUGAUUUCAUUUACCCUUUCACUCUAACAAACUUACCUUAACAACAGAACUCAAUGCUAUAGCGAAGUAUUAAAAAGCACACCCAAUGCUCUUUCGAAGGGCGUAUCCUCAACAAGGCAGUAUUGGAUUUUUGCUGUUGUGGUUUAUUUAUCUCUCGAUAAUCAACAAAGUAUGAACAAAUUUCAGGAGUUUCAGUAAAAGCCGGAGACCAGCGGUCUUCUGCCACCUGUAAAAACCUUGAGCCUGCGAGGGGUAGGCUCUCGUCUUUUGGUUUUUGCCUUACGGCACAGCUGCCCAUUACACUAUUGGCAGCCGCUUAUGGAAAAAUUUAUCGAAACCCCCGAAAUUUAGCUAUGGGCUUUUUUCAGAAGCUUACAACGUUUGCGUGUGGCUUUGUGUAUUUCGUAAAAAAGGCUGUGGUUAUUCAUUGUGGUGAAAAACAAUGGUCGGAUUCUAUUUGUUGCUUAUUAUUUGAUUGUUCAGUACUAAUACUGUGCUACUUCUUCCAGGACUUUGUGAGUCUGAAAGGAGAAGUGUUCUUCCCUAAUCUUACAUUUGAGAUGGAAAAGGUAUGUUAAUUAACCUUUUUUUGAUGACAGAGGCACUUUGUUAUUUUUGGGUGGCACUUAUGCUCCAAAUCUGUGCGUACUUCUUCUACUACCUACCAUAUAUACUGAGCUAAUGGAAACUGUUGAAACUGAUUUACCUCGUAGGUUGACUUUGGCUGUAUAUUGAAUGACACAGAAGUGACCCAAGUAGUGAAAGUCACUAAUCACAGUCCAAUGGAUGUCAAGUAUCAGUGGAGCUUUGUUGAUUCAGCUAUUCAGUUUGAAAACAAAGAGGAAGAUGAAGGUAUGUGAGGCUCGAUGAAAAUUUCCCAACGUCUCGAUCAGAAUUUAGAUUAUGACACAAGUGCUAUGCAACUCGUAAAGAUUUCCUGGCGCACUUUAUGUUAGCAUGCGUUGCAGGCCUUUCGUUCUCCUCUUAUUCUCGCGGGAAAAGCGUGAGCGGAGCGCUGGGAUGCGAGGGCAUGGAGAGAAAGCGAGCUGAAAAGAGCGGACGAGAGGAUCCUCCUGCGACUCUUGUUUAGUAAAGGGAUAACGGAGGAGAAAGCUUCAUGAGCCAUAUUUUAAAAUAUAGAGUAAGAAAUAUAAUUUCAGCUUCUAAAUGCCUACUUUUUAGGAAUUGUAGUCGAGGUUGAUGAUGACAGCCAAGAGGAUAGUGAAGAAAAACCGGAAGAUGUUGACAACGUGAUGAUCGAAGUAACAGGUGAUCAUACCCCCGAGUCACCUCGGCUUGUAGACUUCACAGGAUCACCAGUAAUGAGCAGACCUUCUACUGCUUCAGAACAAAGGCCACAGGAUGCAAGCCCAGCCAAUCAGCUGGCAGUGCCGUGGAGACAGACUGAACUGCUUGAUAUUGGAAUUGAAGAGGUUGGUUUUCUAAUAUCUGCCACUUUUCUGAUCGAAUAAAGUGAACACAGAGGGAUAUUCUUGCGGGCAAAACCCUUAGUUAAAAAUUGAAAGGUGUUUUAGAUUACAUUGUUUCUUGUUUUAUUCUCUGUCAGAUUUUUGACAUCUUACCACUGUAUAGCACCCUUCAUCCGCAUGAGACGCAGAAAAUACAGUUCACCUUUUAUGGUCAUGCCAACAUUAGUUCUCAGGCUGUUGCCCGCUGUACUGUGUACGGAGGACCUGAAUACGACAUUGCACUUCUGGGUCAAGCGUCCCUAGUGCAGUAUUUCUUCGAUCGGCAGAUUGUCGACUAUGGAAAACAGGUACAGCAAAUACAUUUUGAAUAAUCCCAUUCGUGAAAGCUGUGUUUUAAGAAUUGGAAUGUCAAGUUAAGGACUCUGACAGUGUAAAAACAAAUUCAUAUAUUAUCGUCAGUCGAGGAAAGUUUGAUUUAAAGGAAUUUGAGUGAGGCAAAUCUGAAACACGUAUCAGUGCGAACAGACUCUCCUUCUCUCACACAACGCAACAACAUUUUUUUUCUUGCAUCUCUUAUUAUUUUUUCAUUUUAUGCAGUUAUCUAAACUACUUUGUUUUUGUAGCUGUUUGACCAAGCAGCGGUUGCAGAGAUCGUUCUCCACAAUACUGGUAAAGUAGGCCUCGAUUUUGUGGUCCUCAACGUGGACAGUGGAAAUAAGCUCCUUCCAGGCGCCCCAAAUGUUUCCCCAAUUCAAGGGCAUAUUAAGGCCCUCAGUAACCAAACACUUACCAUCAAAUAUCUACCUGGUGUGCCAGAGAAGUUUGAGAAGACAUUUCAGGUAAAAAAAAUUUACUCUUGAGGUAUUCACGUAUUCUUUGAAAACAGUAAAAGUACUAUGUUGGGCUUCAGAUUUUUCACGUGUCUUUUACUUGAUGAACCCAGUGGAACAGAUAUUGUAGCGAAUGUCAGUGACACUAGUAACUUAUAUGUUGGAGGGUCCAUAAAAUGAAAACUUUUAUGAAGCGGACAACCGCGGGACUCUCGUUUGUCUCUUCUUAAAUUAGUUAUGAUAAGUCGCGAAUUAGUGAGCUUAAUUUUGUUAUCCGCUACUGCUUAACGUAGUUAUUUGCGGGCGGUUUUUUUUUUCGUUAAGUAUUGAAAAAAUAUUGGGACAAGGGCUACUUUCCACUUAAUUUAGGGUGUUCACUUGAUGUGAAGUCCGCCUAAAAUGUGUUUGUUUAUUCUUGAAUACAUAACUUGAUCCUAGUUUCAAGCCGGGUUUAGAGUAAAUUGUUGAACAAUAGCGUGAUAAUGUACAUGGUUACGACUAUAUUUCCUAAUCUGUUAACCCUUUCAUCCCUAAAAGUGACUGGUAUCUAAUUUCUCCUCGUAAUAUCACCCCUGAACGCCAACGAAAGAAGCUUAUGAUUAUUAAACAAAUUCUCCUUGUAAACAUCUUGGGAAAUGUAUAGAACAGUAUGGAGAAUAUGCACACUGAUGUUAGUGACGAAGCUAACAUUUCCUUUUCGUUGAACGUAAUCCUUUCUACUUUUCAUUUGUUUUGUUGAACAGGUUAGAGUUGCUCACUUUGAACCUAACAAAAUUACCCUGUCAGGGGUGGGUGUGUUUCCCCGUGUCGUGUUUGACCUCCCCCAUGACAAAGAAGACGUCAGAUACGAGGAGCUGACCCAGCAAGCACGCGAGAACUUGGAACGAGAAAAGUCAAACCUAUCAGAAAAGAGUGUAGAUGACGUACCGUUCGGAGCUCUCGCAAAUGUAAGUACAGUCAGAAAAAAAUGUAUCUUUAUGUGCUUUUUUCUUGAGCAAAAAGGGACUUUGUUACCUGAGUAUACAGGUACCCUAUGGAAAAAAGACCUCCAUCAGUCUCUACCUUUCUUCAACAUUUUCCUAUUAAAUCUUUGAUUACUUUUUUUAAUUAACCCCGCCUUGACCAUUAAACCCCAUGAGGGUGACUGGCACCUUAGUUCUCCUCAUCGUCACUGCUGAGUCACACCUAAAGGUCAUGAAAAUAAAGGAAAUUAUCAGGAAGCUCCUGAUGGUUGAACAUAUUCUUCCUGUCAGAACAAUAGAAAAUUCAUGGACAACAUUAUGGAGAAUAUGCAUGUGUUGCGAUGUGUUGAUAUGAGGAGGAAGGCUAGUCCGGCUAGUCCGGCUCGGACUAACGGUUACCGUGAUCUCGGCCCUCGGAACUCGAAUAUUCCAUUCACGAACCCUUCAGCUGAGUCACAGGGAUAAAAAUUGAAAUAUCGUACUUUUUUAUCUUGAUAGCCGAGUUGAAAUCUCCCUUAAGAAUUGUACUGAGCUCUUAGCUCCCUUUCUAUAAGAAGAGAUGAUAAAAUUCGUCUCGUUAACUAAUCCAGCCUCGUUCGCUGGUCUAAUACGGACAGACCCUGAUUGAAAACUUUCCUCGAUUAGUGUGGAAUACUUAUCUUCUAGAGAAAGCUUUUUGUCCGCCAAUUGUUAGACGUUAUAGCUGAACUGUAGGUAUCAUUUUUGUGAUCAUUCUUUCUCAGUCUGUCGGCGACAUCGGAGUACAGAUGGAGGUCGAACGACUGUUAGUGAAACAAUUCGCUGUAGAGCAACAGGAAUCAACAAGAAACGUCUCUUUUGUGCAUACCUCCGGUUCCCACAGAACUGCAACAAAGAAACAACGACCCAAGUAUGUUUUGUCAUGAGUUGCAUCACGCAGAGCAUAUAGAAAAUGAUACCCUUUCAUUUCCACAACCCCUGUCCACAUCAAAUAAAUUGCGUGUUCUUAUGCGAUUACUUUCAUGCGUAAAAUUAGUCGCUAUUUCAGUAAAUACUUAGAAGUUUAAAACUAGUCAGGUGUUUGUCGCGAUAGAAAUGAAUGAACCAUUAACUUAGGAGCAAUUGUACUCCUCUGGAUUCAAUUAUUCUCUUGCUAGCGAUUCAUUCUUGAAGUUCGCAACGAUUAAUUCGAAAAAGAUUCCCCCAUUCCCCCCCAACUCGUGCAGGAUCAAUACUACUAAAAGGUCUUUUAGGUUAAUUUUAGCUUUCUGGAGACGGACUGCCUUAGUCGUGUGAUGAAGGGUUGAUAUAACAACGUACUGUUAUUUUUUCAGAGCUCAGCUGAUCAGUUAUUUCCUGGAUUUCGGAUAUGUAGUUUAUGGCACAGUUCGAUCACAUGUAGUCCGUGUCACCAACAACGGACACUUCCCGGUGUCUUUUGCACCUGACAAGUCAGUUCUGUCGGGCAGCGGAUUUGGAGUGGAAUUGGACCGAGUGCGUAACCUUCCCGGUGAACCAGAUAACGAAAGUAUGGAAUUCAUGGUGACCUUUGACCCUAGAGCGGCUGGACUUCCCAUGGGUCCAGUUGAUCUGCACGUGCCCUUUAACGUGCUCAAUGGUCCUACGUUUGGGUUGAGGAUUAAAGCUGUGGUGACAAUGCCGGACAUGACAGUAUCUACAGAUUCGCUAGAUUUUGGCGUGGUGGAGUGUGGGAACAGUAAGGUCAUGACGAUACAGCUACACAAUAGCCAACAAGUCAGGCGAGUAUCGACACCACAAGAUGUUGUUGUGUAUUUAAAUGUGUAGUUCAAAUCGUCUCUUCUGGUCAGAUGUUCAAUAAGAGAACAGAAAAAGUGAAAAAUUCCAAAAUAGGGAGAUUUUGCUUCAUAACAGAAUAUCUGGAAAAUAAAGACCGUUCUCGUACCUGUCCACUGAAGUAUUAUCAGAGAUUUUGACUGCGCCAUUGCUUAAACAAUGCUUAAUUUUAUUUAUUAAAGACGAUGCAAGGCGUUACAUGGUAUCAUUUCUUAGUUCUAAAAAGAGCAAAGACGCAGUAGUUGCCGUUAUAAAUGAGAGAAACGGAAAACGGAAAAAAAUUUCUUAUUAAUUUUUGUCCUUUGCCAUCUGCCGGUAUUCUGAAGCCUCUCUACGUUAUAGCUCACUUUCUAUUCUGUUCUGUCUAUUCAAAUAUUACAGGAAAAAUAAUCGUUUUUAGAGGAAAAAUUUCCAUUUGAAUUUGUAUGAGAUGUUGUUCUUAAUCUGUGCGAUAAAAUUUCUUUUCCGUAGGUGUGACUGGUCAUCUGAACCUCCGGAAGAAAAAAAGAAAAAGGUAGAUAUAUAGUAGUAUGGCUGCCAAAAUUUGAUUUGUAGAUAACGCCAUAUUUCAUGUUUUGCUACACAGUCCGACAAGAUGAUUCCACUUCAUCUACGCAAAAAGCUUCGCACAGAAAAGCCUAAACCAAAACACUUUGAAGUGAUGCCGCCCAUCGGUUCCCUAAUGCCUGGUCAGCGGAUUAAUGUCCAAGUCAAAUUCAUGCCCAGUGAAGAGGUUAGAGGCUGCUGUUGAAACUGUUUUCUAGGGAUUUAUUCUUGCAUUGCUUUAUUCUGUUACUUGUCUUACGCACGUAUUAAUUUGUUCUUGAAUGGUCUUACUUUCGCUUGCUCUUUCUGCAACAGAUUUCUUACAGCAAUCGUCUUGUUAUCCGGAUCGCCCAAAGUUCUAGCCGUCACAUGAUCAGCGUGACCGGUCAGGGAAAUGAGCCCAAGUUAGACUUCAGUUCCACUCUGAUCGAGUUCGGCCCAGUCCUUCCUCAUUCAUCUGGGGACGAGAAGGAAGUAAUCGUGCGAAAUCCUUCAUCGUUUCCUGUUGAAAUUUACUCUUUGGAGUUUGACAAGCAGUACUUGGAGGAGGAGAAGGUAUAAACAAGAAUAUCAGCGUGAUUUUGAAUGAGAACGAUGAAAAUGAUCGUUUUUCCGAAGUUAAACACAUCUGCGGUGAAAGUACGAUUAGUGUUUACGCUAUGGCUUUGACGGCAAUAUUAAAUUUAUUUCAAACUUACGCCAUCGUGAGGUGCCUUAACUUCUACCACAUCGCUAAGAAAAAAUCUCAAGAAGAUUGGACUGGGACAAGAAACUUUACGAGCUGAUAAUUUUAACCUUUUUUCACCAAUGAUAAGGCUUCAUUUCAACGACGCCGCAAGUAUUAUCCAUACUUGUUGCUUUCUGACGAAGUUGGGAUUAAAGUCAGGCUACAACUUCAAACAAUAUUAAGGUGGACUAUUCAUCGAUUUCAAUUUAAUUGACUAAAUCGUUUGGAACUUCACUCUGUAAUGUAACGUAAAAUACCCUUAAGAACUUAAAAAUGUACUAAUGAAUAAAUUGCUUGAAAUUUACUAAUGAUUAGUUUUUGUGUAUUUGCAGAUGCUUCGCACGAUGAAAGGCUACGAUGAAUACAACACCAUUCUGCUUCCCCCGCGCCAACCUGGGGACAAGCUUCCUCAAGAAAUCACAGAUGCCUACAAUGAACAGCAAAGAAAGAAGGAGGCGGAAGAAAAGGAGAAAGCAGAGGCAGCGGCAUCUGCGGCAGCCGCUCAGGCGGAGAGGGCCGUAGAGGAAGGAGUGGAAGGUGUGCCUCCUAUCAUUGCUACACAGCUGGCUUCAGCUUCCGGUGAACGGGAGGGUGGCAGGUCUGGUAGUGAUGUGGGCGAGGGAGCUAAAGAUGGUAAGGGAGUGAGCAAUAGGAUUACUGAAAUAUGAAUCUUAAGGUGUGUUAGUAGAAGACCUCUCCUCACUUAGUAUCUUAUUUGUUUACGUCUUUAUAGACAGCAGUAGCCUCGGUGUUGGCGAACUGGAAAUCACACCCGUGUCCGCUUCCAUCGCUCGCUACCUUGGCAUCGACUUGACAGCAGAGGGCAGGGCAGCCCGUAACAGACGAGGAAUUGCUUUAGUGGUGCACGGAGCACCUCUCUCUGGAAAGACAGCCACGGCGGUGUCACUGGCUAAGACUUAUGGAGCAGCGCUACUGACAGUAGAUGCAGUGGUUAUAGAGGCUAUAUCAAAUGGAAACACCUCUGCAGGUGAGUUAUGAUGGGCUUGUGCAGGAGUUUGCUUAUCCGGGAUAAAGUGAUGAAAAUGGCAACAAAAUGAGUCUUAAGAUCGACGAAAGGUUGGCGGGCAAGUAAGGACUACUUACACUGCUGUUACACAGGUUUCUAACAUGGAUCUUUUUUUUUAAAAUGUUUUGAAUAUAACCAUUGAUAUAUCGAUGGACAUUCUUAUUUUCCAAAUAUCGCGGACGAUCGCAAACGAAACACCUUCAACAUAUGGAAAUCCAUCUUGUCCUUGUGCCAGGCAGUUAACUCUCAAAGUGCUUCUCUCUUUCCAAGAUAUGAGUACUAAAAUAAAACGGGGGAACGUGAUGAAAUCCUGGGCCAGGGUACCUAUUAUGCACUUACACCAAGGGGAGUUUUAAUGCCUCUAGUGGCUUGUUCCUUGAGAAACCGGCUUAAGUUCGCGCGGGAUGACUCACUCCGAUACUUAUCUCUCUUGAUUAUGAUAUUUUGCCCGCUCUUGCAGCUCAAAGAGCCAAAGAGUUGUGUGCAUCAGCUGCUCGAGCGGCUAAGGAAGCGGAACAGACUGCUGAAUUACAGCUGAACCAACCCACGGUGGCACUGAGUGUAGAGGCAGUAGCUGCCCUGGGUGCGGCCACUGGUCCCUCGGUUUCCACUGCUGGCUCUGUCACCGGAGCCCAAUCGUUUCUUGGGAAGGAUCGUAAGACGUCCACCAUAGCUGGUGGCCCCCGUGGAGGAGGUGUUGGGAAGAAUAUUCCUCAGCUUCAGCAAUCGCCCCCAGGGACUCCACCCCAGGCUGCACCUUUAGGCCGGAAGCUGAGUGUCAGUGCUAGCGUCGCCGGUGAAGACGGACUUUACAGCUGCUUGCUUCCUGAGGAUCUUCUUGUCGAACUGCUGGCGGAGCGAUUUCAGGUUGGUUUGAGAGGAUAAACACUGUUUUGAUAUCUAAUUAGACAGUUGGAAAAAUGGCGUCAGGAGGUUAGUGUGCGAGUUCGUGAACAACUUUUUAACUGUUGCAAGUUUAUCUAUUUAUCUAUUUAUCUAUUUAUCCAUGUCUCGAAAUUACAAAUAAUCGCACAACACUCAAGCUCGCUCUCUUACUCACAUGACAUCCAAUUGAUCUUAGUGCAUAACAAUGAAGAUUCCCAGUUAGAUAAAGAGGGAAAGUGAACAAGAAGGCGAUCAUUAUUAUUAUUAUCAAGGCUAACAACUUCUUUCUGUGUACGAAAUUUAGACCUUAAGACACGUUACCAUCUCCGUCAGAUGCAAUCUUUCAGAGUAUUAGAAUGUUCUGCUGAGCCCUUUACCAACUAUUUCAAAGGCAGCUCGUUGGCGAAUAAAGCUUUUUAAAAAAGACAUUAAUUGUUUUUAGUUGAGUGACUGUCAGAAAGGAAUCGUAGUGGAUGGCUUGGAGUCGCUGUUCAGUCCAAACAUGAUGGGUACAGCAAAUGCUAUUCUCCGUGCUUUCAAUAACCGCAAAUACAUCUUCUUUGUGACACUGAUGUUGGAUCAGGCCAAGCUAAAGGCUGUGGAAGAAAAGAAGAAAGAAGAGCAAGGUAAGUGAAUCUAUAAUAAACAACAAAAUGAAAUAAGUUUCGUUGAGAAGUAUGGCUUGGCAAAGUUAGGCUAUGCUGUGUUUAGACUGCAGCUUCGUUUGAAGUCAUCAACGUGCACUUUAGACAUUGCUUUCAAGCCAAAUCAGUUAAAUAUUAUUGAAUAUUAUUAAUCCUCAUUGGGCCUCCGUCUGUUUGUUGUUACAUCUUUCUAUUUUCAUAGUCGCGUGGCGGUGUUUUACUCUUUGGCAAGUUUUUCGAACAAUAUGCACGUCAAAUGCUGCGACAGUGGAUCUACUGGUUGCUAUACAUGCACUUUUGAGGAAACUAUGUUUGUUCAACUUUUUAUAGUGAGGAUGAAACUGUAUUUUAUCCGACGGAUAGCUUAGGUAUCAUAUACAAGGGGAAUAGAAGAUCGUUAAGGGAAAGUCACCAGUGUAAAUGAGGUUUAAAUUUCACAUUUGAUUUUGCUUUCUUCAGCCAAGCUUGAAAAACAAAAGGAGGAAGAAGAGAAACGGCGAUUGGAGGAGAUGUCUGAAGACGAAUAUGAUGCUCUAACGGAAGAAGAGAAAGCUGAGGUUGAUAGGAAACACUUGGAGCAAAAGAAAGAGAGAAGAAAACGAGAGCUAGAAAGACAGGAGAGGGAGAAGAAAGAAAGAGAACUGCAAGCUUUGAUGGAGGAAAAAAGACUCGAGGAGGAGCGGUUAGUGAUUACUAAACUGUUUUCUUUAACAUGGAAGACAAAUGUGAUAGCUUGGCCCGGUACCUCCUGAGAUCUGAUUAGUAAUUCUCCCUAUUAGUUGCUAUACAUUUCUUUGUAAAUAAGUAGAGAGAUUUUAGCGUCAAAUAAAGCUAACACUAAUGCUAAUUUUGUUAAAUGUUUUGCCUGACGUGUAGUGUGGCUUUUGUCAAAACAAGCAUUUGUGAUCAGUUUAGUAAUUGUGGUUUUACGACCCUCAAUAGAAAAGCUCUCUAUUAUUCUAAUAUUUUGUUUUUGCCGUAUCUUUCUUUCAGUGGCAAUCAAAAAGGUAAACGCCGAGGAGCUCAACAAGCAGGAGGUGCUGGAGCUAAGAAAGGUCAUGAUGGAAAGGAAAAGAAACCUGAGAAAAGCAGUGAUAAGCUAACGCCUAAUCGCACCACUGGUCUGUCUACACAAGCACAGCCCUUCGACACGCGCACGGGCGCCCCGUCGGUGAUUUCCGAGCGUUCCGACAGCAGUGAUGUUACCGACGACAAGAAGCGACUAAGUAUCGCCAAAGUACAGAAACAUCGCCAGUCAUCGGCCAUCAUGAACCCUCCGUUGAUCCCGCAAGUUGAGGAAUCAAAACCACCGACUGAGGAAGAGGAGAGGGAGAAGGAGCUUACUAAAAAGUAGGUGGCGUUAGGUACUAAUAAGACUUACUCUAACUGUUUUUGUAAAGAGCAUUCAACGGCAAUUUAACGAUUCUACCAUUUAGUCCCCACAACCGCGUUCCAAAUUACAUCAUACUUAAUUCUCUUCACUGAAAAGUAAGGCUGACUUGAAGAUGAUUUUGACUUGACCUUUUAACUUCCACGAUUUGACUAAAGAUUCUCUCCUCUCGCUGAUCUUUUCCUUGUAAGUUAAAUUUAAAAUUGAGAAUUGAGAAUUUGAGGUCACAUCAAGAUCACGCACGUAACCUGAAAAGUGGGCCAGUUCUUAUUAUCUGUUUCCUGAAUAAAGUAUUUUAAAAUGUAAGACGGAUAAACAUUAAAAGCUCUUAAAGUUAGUUGUAGAACAUCUUACGAGGUAUACCCUCUGAUUUUUAAAAAGAAUCGCAGCACAUACUUCGUAGUCGCGAGUUGAGAUCGUUUACCAGUGUGGAGUUUAUUGGACAUUUCAUUUGUUCUUCAUGAUUCGUUCUUUUAGGAAAAAUUAAAUUUUCAGUUCAUGUUGAUUAGAGAUUUUUACCUUGGCCCUCGACAAACAGCGAUCUUCAUUACGAUUGUAGGGGGGUUUGCAGCCGAUAUUGUUAAAACGUCAAACAAUGAUUCUCUCUUUUUAAGUGUGAUAGGGUGUCAUUGAAAAAAGAACAAAUUACCAGCACACUAAACUUUUUUUUGACGGUAUCGUAGAUUUAAUGCAUUCGAGACCAGUUUCCGAGACAUUGAUGGCUUGCUGCAAAACUGGGAUCGAUCUACGGGUACUGUGGCGCGUGCAGACACUCCCAAGUCUGAGAACUUUGAGGACUUUCUUCCGGCGCCUGGAUCGACCAGGCGAGGUCGAGACAAGAAAGAGAAAGAACUUAGAGAACGAGAGAAGGAGAGAGAAAAAGAAAAAGCUAAGGAGGUGUGUGAUAUAUACAAGCUAGGUGAUCUGAAUCUUAGUCCUUAACAUUUCACUCCCAAGAUCUCAUUGGUAAUUCUUCCUACUAUCUGCGAUAAAAUUCUUACGGUGCUGGUUUGGAGAAUUUGGUAUAAGAUCAACUGAUAAUCCCCUGAUUGAUGUUUUUCUUUAUUCUCAUCACUUGUCUGCCUGACGUUAUAUUGAUAUCGUAAGGAGAAAUUCUUUCUUGGUCACUCAUGGGAGUCAAAGGGUAAAUAGAAGGGAAAACUCUCCCAGACUCAAUACAACGUAAAAAAAAUCAUUUGGAAUUUCACGGUACAUUUUGGAUAAAACUGUUGAGGAAAGAACUGCCGAGUGAUGAUUACGCGGUUGGGUUUCUGGUAAAACUGCGAACCAACUAACUAACUAUCUUUUCUUAAAUCGCAUGGAAAAUGUACGUUUUGUCAAAUUUCGUGCUGCUCUGUUUGUGUAUGAAUGUUGGAAUACCAUGAGCUUGCUAAAGAAAGUCGUUUAGAGGGAAGAUGGUUUACUUGUAAUCGUCUGACACAUGUUGUAAUCUUGAUGGAUCCAACGGUAAGCCAGCUGAUUUUCUUUAUUUUCGUCAAGUAAGAAAACUAUUGAGAGUUUCAUUUUACCAACUCGAUGCUGCUGUUCCCAGCAUAUUUUCGCGCAAGGCCUUUUCAUCUAAAACAGAUCUGUCUUAAUCUUGACUUCUACAUGUUGCUUUGCCGUCAGAUUUCGGACUCUCCGAUGUCAGCGGUCAGCGGUGAUCAUGAUGAUGACGAAGAUGGCGGUAAAAAGGACGGGGUGGGUGUACCACAGCUUAUUGUGGACACAGGAAACCCAACAGAGUCACAGGCUGAACAGACACUAGCGAAAGGAAUUUUGCCAACGGUUGAAGAGGUAUCCCAAUAAAGAUUGGUUAAGAUUACUUGGUGUUCGUUCGCACACUUAUGCACACAGUGGAACUUGUAAAAGUUUUGCUGUCGCUUUAAUCACGCUCUGUCACCUUUGCUCCUCUGUUCACAAUAGAUCGUACGUUGUGCUAUAUUCAAACUGUCUAUUUCUCGCGUUUCUAUGGGUCACAGCAACACUACCUUUGCGUUCACCGGCGCGUUUGGUUGAACUGGUUUUUCAAGUUUGGUGAAGUUAUCAGAAAGCCAAUUCUUCAACUAAAUACGAAAAAAUUUCGUAUUGAGUCACGCAACCAAACAUUUAACCUGCAAUAAUGGCCCAUUCUUCUCCAUUUUUGUCUUCGACGGAAGUGCACAACAGGGAAACAAGAAGUCGACGCAAUCGUAACCUAUUCGGAAAGAAAAAAAAGUAGCAAAAGGGAACAUUCAGAAUAAAUAGGUACUUCUAUUGGUUUUUGUUUCCUCCUCAGUGAUCAUGUGACUGUACUCAUUUUAGGUAAUGGACGGUCUGGGUCUAGGACCCCAUGGUCCUCCUAUCCCACCCCCGGCCACUUUUGCCGUAGUGCCGUAUCCUGUACGGAGACGUCCACCCCUGGGAUUAGAUCCCCCUUCUCAUUAUGUGUUCGUGGCGUCGGGGCCAGAUGAUCCUAAUGCCCCUCAGGAGGAUAAGACGAAAGAAGCUGAACCAGAAGUAGAGAAAACACCUGAGAAACCACCGGUUAGUGCGUUAUUAUUAUUAUUAUUAUUAUUAUUAUUAUUACUAUUAUUAUUAUAUUUUUUAUUGUUGUUAUUACUAUUAUUAUAAUUUCACUUUGAUUGUUAUGAUUACUGUCAUUAUUAUUGUUAUUAUGUAUACUGUUAUUUAAUAUUUAUUGAUCUUUUCACGUACACGUUCAAACGAGCCUAGCGCUCCUCGGAGGGGUGUGCUUAAGUAAAGUAUUGUUAUUUUUUUGUUGUUGUUAUUAUUACUUAUAGCCCAUGAUCCAUAAAUUAGAUCGCAAGGCAGAUAAAGUGGAUUCGAGACCGAAUUGUCUGUUUAACUCUCUGUGAAAAAAUGACUAAGAUGAAGCAAAAUUGCAUUUGUUUUCCUUUGACAAGUUGCUCCCAGUGAGUUUUUCAGUUGUGUGAUAAAACUUUCCGAAAACGCCUAACUUAAAAAUACGGGAUUGCCGUUUCACAUUCAUUUAGAAAAGGUUUCGGUUCAUAGAAACGCAAAUGGCUCAUAACCCGCUUCUUGCCUCGGUAGAUUACAAAUUUACGUAUCAGUGAUCAUUAGCUUUUAUUUCCAUCAUCUAACACUGAUUUGUUCACAAUACUGUUCGCUCCUCUAACGGUAGGAACAUGGACGCAAGGGCCGCAAAGACAAGGAUGAUAGAGAGGGAGGUACAAAGUCCAGAAAGGAGAGAGGAAGUUCCGCCCGGAAGGGAAAAGCAGCACACGGGGCUCCCUCACCUCCCCCCAGUAUCACCCCUGCAGAAGAAGACAAGAGGUUAGCUUUGCAGCAAACUAUUUAAGUUAAAGCGUAGCUUGUUGACUAUGCUGGUACCGAAUUGCUUUAAUACUUAAGUAAAUGAAUUUCUAACCCGACUUUCUGCUUCUUCCUCUUACAGUGAAACUGCUGCGGUGCCCAGCACCCCUCAACUCGUCAGCCACCGCUGGGUCAUUCCUGCCAAUGAUACAGUGAGGUUGCGCAUUCGUUUUCGGUCCGAGGAGCUGGGUCAGUUUGACCAGACAUUGAACUUUGAGAUCAUGGGGACGCGCCGUCGUUAUCAGCUGUUUUGCCGCGGCGUCUGCGCUUUUCCCGCCAUCAGUCGCGAGCCGCGUGUGGUGUUCCCUCACCGCCGGAAGUACCGCAAACCGGAAGAGAUCGUGCAUAAGAAAUACGUUCUAAGCAGUGAGACUUUUGAAUUUGGUCCGUUGCUUUGUGGUAAGUCUGAGUGCUUUGGUCUUUUUCAUAAGUUGUGGUAAAAAUAAAUUGAGUCAAAAAAUUCCUUUUGUUACUUUUUCAUAUCUUGAAGCGUCUUGUCUUCUAGAAUUCUGGAAUAUCUUUUUAUACAUGGUAAUGUUCUAACCUUGAGGUUGCCCAUUUAAAUGGAAUCACUCUACAGCCGAGAUUCUACUUGAAGAAUUGACGUUAAAUUCCGUCAAUGCUGGCUUCUUGCUUUUAAAGCCAUUUAUCUGCAAAUAAGCUUCAUGUAUUGCCUUUUUUGACAGGAAAGACUCGAGACCGGUACAAGGAAGGCAAGUAUCCAGAGAAUAUGGAAAAGAUCGUGAUCUGCAACACCUCUCCACUGGAAGCAGAUGUCAACUUCUGUUUUCAGCAGGAUAGCACAGCGGUUACCUUCAUUAUUGAUCCACCUAACAUGAAGUUGAAGCCGGGUGAGAGUCAGGUAGGGUAACCCAUCCAUUUAUAAGGGCAUGAAAUAAUUUCCUAUAGAAAAGGAAAAAGGGAUAAGGACAAGACUCCUUGGAUGUAGAUCCUGAUUUUUGAAGUGGAAGGAAACCAGGCUUUGCCAUUUUUGUUCUUGAAUUCUUUCAAGGCUCACUGAAGAGGAAGUACACUCGUAAAUGUAGGGAAUAUGCUGAAGAUUCACAAGUUGAAUCAACAAGAAAUUUAUUGUAGCGUAAAAACCUCCUGACCUUGUCAUAGCGAUGCCUGAGAAAACCCCCGUCCGGACAAAGACUUUAUUCAAUUGAUUCGAAAGUCGAGAAAUCCAAGACAAUUAAUAGCUUAGUAACGAAACAGAAAUAAAAGUCACAAAUUCUUAAAAUCUGUAACGUAGCAAGUCACGCAGUCACACAAAGUUCUUCUCAUAAAUGUUCUCAGUGAAGAGCUGUUGAGGAAUUACAAAAGUUUCCUAUUGUUCACCUUACAGACGCAGGCGUUUUAAAUACCUGUCACGAAAGGCAAUAGUAAGCGGCACAAUGAUAAACAAAAAACCGAUCCUUUUAGCCAAUAAUUGUACCAAAUACAAGGUUAAUGUGGUGCUAACCCAAGCUUCAAACCAUGGUAGUAUCUGUGCGAAGAGAGUUCACUGAACGGUGCGAGAUCACUUACUGCUACUAGUCAAUGCUCAACGUCUGUAAAUAGUAAGAAUUAUUGUUGCUGUUGUAGGACCUCACUCUGUGGGCAUAUCCCAAGACACCAGGCUUCUUCGAAGAUGCUGUGGUGUGCUGUAUUCGAGAGAAUCCUGAGCCGGUUGUGUUUAAGAUUUCCUGUCAUGGUGUUCGGCCCGAGCUGGAGUUGGAUCGGAGACAACUGCAGUUUGAUAGAGUUUUACUACACAGGUCUGUUUAAAAAAUGAUGGCGCUUCACAGUGUAGUACAUGUUUACCCACCUUUUUUUUCCCUACAUGAAACAAAUGAAAAAUGUUUUAGCAAAGUCAAAUCGAUUUAAAGUAAUAUUUGUUGAACGAGUCGGCGCAAUUUCAAAGGCGAAAUAGUCCUCGGUUUGUGAGUCUGUGCUGUGACCAUUGUUGUGUUGCCCUUGUUAACUGAGUUGUUAGGAAUUACAUAAUUACUUUACAUAAUACUCAUGCAGUUAUUGAAAUGCUUUUUGCGAUUAUUUUAGCAAAACGUGGUUGAAAGGGAAGCACGAGUGCCCAAAUUAUAUUUUGUGGUUUUUGGAACUAGCGUUUAGAAUUUGUGCCCUGCUUUGUUGUGUUUGAGGGUUUUGACUCCAUUGUCUGAGUGCUCCCCUCCUUGCUCAAAGAUGAAUAUGAGAAUUAGUCAGACUAAAACAAACUGAAUUACUCACUCACUCAUCCUCCGCGCGCUCUUUAUGACCCCCGCAUGCAGCAGCAAUGAAAACAUGCUUAAUAACUCUUUUUUCGUUGUUCUAUUUUCAGGAAAGACACAAAAACGAUCUUCCUUCGUAACAGCACUCUGCUACCUGUGGCUUGGCGAGUGAAUGGGAUGGACAAUCUGGGUGAUGACUUUUCGUUGACUACUGAACAUGGCAUGAUCGAUGCUAAAUCAGAGUUUGCUCUUCAGAUGCACUUCAGAGCUGUUCGGCCAACCAACGUAAAAAAGAUUGUGAGGCUGGAGGUACGUAACAUUCUAAUUACAAAUUGAAAACUUUCAGGAAGUGAGCCUUUGGCACGCGUAACUGUAAGUCUUCAAUUCGAUAAUAUUUUAGAUAAAUCCGAAGAAGUGUGAUGAUAUAAUUUGAUGUUGAUAAACGAAGAUAUACUUGACUUGAAUGAGGUAAGAGUAGAGGUCUGCUAGAGCUUAUUCCGGACUCUAUGGCUCGAGGUGACUAGGAGUAUGCCCCUCCACCUGGAUGGGACGUUAAGCUUUUGGAAAUGCUCCCGUUAAAAAUAUCUCCAUAACAGAAAAAAACUAGUUUAUCACCGUUUAUUCUAUUACUUACGCAUUCUAGUGCUCACGAAAAACAACAGUAACUCUCUCCACAUACUUACUCUCCACAAGAAUCACCUGUCAAUCACGCUCAGUACUAGUUUCCAUCAAAGCCAGUCCCUGCUUGCAGCCCGUAGGCCAGUUCUUCGCUGUAGCUGUAGUUACUGAGGUUUUAGUGCAUUUUUAUGAACUAAAAUGUUUUGUAUUUCAAAGGUUUCUGAUGUAGAACAGAUCAUGGGCUUGGUGCAGGCAGAAAACAUUCAAGUUCAUGCAGAGUCUUAUGAUGUCGCUCUAGAUAUGAGUUUCCCUAAAGGUACGUAGGUUGACAAGGACAUGUAUGGGGAAACGUUUACCUGUGUUUUCAUAUGGGCAGUAAAGUAAUAAUGACGAUAGACUGUCACGAAACGAAACCCAAAGGAAUACCCAUGAAUAUUUCAUUUUAAGAAGUGUCAAAAUAUUCAACCGAGGACUGUCUUAACCCUUUACACCCAAACAUCAGUAUUUAUAUUCUUCAUACUGUUCUCCAUACAUUUCCCAAGGAGCUGACAAGGAGAAUUUAUUCAACAAUCAAUAAUUUUUUCUUUUGGUGAUCAUUUCCUUUAUUCUCGUAACCUUAAUGUGUUACUCAGGGGGGAUAUUGUCAAGAGAAACUAGAUGCUAUUCACUCUUAGGGGUUAAAGGGCUAAGCGUAACGGUCGGGAAAAGAAAACAUUAAAGAAAUUGUAUUUACUGGAAUGUCUUCGCCUUGUGGCCUUCAUUUCAUAUUCGUUCUCAAAAAAAUUUUGCUUUCCGUUGUCUUUUCAGGUGCAGACGGCGGUCUUGACUUUGGCGUUCUCAAAGUUUUGGAUGAAACAAAGCAGACUUGUUCUCUAAAGAACAAAGGCAAGUUUGAAAUCAACUUCAAUUUCGCGUAUGAGCCAACAGAAGGUUCGCCAGCGGACGUAGCACAGCUGUUUACAGUGAUACCCAACAAGGGUCCCCUACUACCUACCGAUCGACCCACUCAAGUACAGGUCAUCUUCAGAUCCAAGAGCGAGAUUACUAUUAAAGACCAGCCUGUACUCAAAUGCCAGGUAAACAAUGUUUUCGCUUAUCGUUGAACGAUAUUGUAGAUAUUUCAUGGCUUUGACCUUCUUAUGCCCCCGUCUUUCAUGAAUUACUCCUGCCUCCCCAAUUGUUAUAAUACCAAGCACAGUUAUCGUUCUUUUAAAAAGUCAAACAAUCAAAACAAAACCUAAAGCUAAAAAGAGUUCUUGAGAGGAAUGGCAUUAUAUUUUAGUUUUGCGUUAUUAGUUUAGCCUAGAAAUGGGGGAAACGGAGCUUUGGGCGGUUGUGUCUUUACUAAAAGCAAUUUUCUUUUUUCGUUUGUUUUUGUUUUGUUCACUUAUAUGAUUUGAAACUCAAUAUUUUCGUUAGCUUCUUUUCGAUAAACAACUCACUUGUAAUAAUAAAAUUUAGCGAGAUCACACAGCGUUUUGGUAUUCACUUGAUUCGAAAUUAUAACAAAACCUUGUAUGAUUUCGCUUAUUUUAUUCUUAAAGAAAAUUUUAAAACAUUUCAAAAACUCACAUUCAAUUCCAAUCGCCUCCCUUUAUCUGUCAGAUUGAUAUACUUCACGUGACUUUUCUAUCCAUAUCUUCAUUGGUUCUUUCAGAUCGUAGAGCCUCACCUUGGCGAAGGUGGCGAGGUGAUCGCCAGCAUUCCCAUAAAACUUAGCGUGCGCUCUGUCUAUAGCAAGUACGCCGUAUCGCCGGUCAGUGACAUUAACUUUGGAGCCAUGCUAAUCAACACUAAGAAAACCCGGGUGUUCACUAUCGAGAACAAGGGAGAGUUUGAAUUCCGGUACUCAGUCCUAAAGAUGAUCAACACGGUGGCACAAGGACGCCAGAAACUGGGGCCACCCGCGAAAAGGGCCAAAUCACGUGAUGGGUCGAGUUCGGGAAGAUCUCAACAAGACAAACCGUCUAAACCAAAGAGAGCAGAUUCAGUACGAGGGUAUGUAAGAUAACUUAUAUGACAGUACACAAGCAAGAAUUUCAGCAUGCUCAUUGGCUGACAACACGUCGUUCAACCGCAACCUGCGCAAAAAUAUUAAAUCGAUUGCAGGAUGUUGAGAUAUACUGUAAAUUGUUCAAAAGAAGCCAAGUAAUUUCAUUGUUAUUUGAUAUGAAUGAGCACUCGGAACCAAAUUGCAUAAGGAAGUCGUUUGAUAAACUGUAUGUAUUCAUUCUACCAGUUGAGCAUCUGUGACCUUCUACUGUUUUCUGCAUCACACUUUUCAGUUUACAAUCCUUGUCCGUGCAGUGUUGAAAUAAAUGCAGUUUUCUCUUUUUUUUUUCCACAGAGCCGAGUUGACCACAGGGGCACCAAACAUUCGCCUUCAGCUUGGAAUGUUUACAGUCUACCCAGCUGUCGGAAGCGUGCAGGCCGGUAGUUCUGUGCAAGUAACGGUGGAUAUGAUCGCUGAAAAUCCAGGCUUCUCAGAAGAGGUUGGUAAGAUUUUUCCCCACGCGCGCGCAGUGCCUUGAGAUGUCUCCAUUACGUCAUUUGUUUUGCGCGAGCGCGACGGAUUUUAAACGAAGUCAAUUGUGGCGUAAGCACUUGAUUGUGCGUCAGUUUGUCGAUAACUUUCUGCACUCACUUGAACGUCAAGCCAACGGCUGCUAGUUUUGCACGGGGACAGGAAUUUGCCUUUACAGCUUCUUGUAGAAUCGAUUUCAUAUUCUCACAAAGUUUAUUUCCCCCAACGGUUUGUCUUUUUUUUAUUUCAGGACAUUGCCAUUGACAUCUCAGACCGCCCGCCGUCCGACCAACCACAGGGAAUACCUUAUAAACUGAUUGGAGAAGCAUGCAUUCCCGGGAUCACCACAAUCGCCCCCGACACAGUUGGCUCUAUAUUCGAAGAACACUUAAUCGUCAAACAAUUGAAUUUAUUCCAGUACCUGACGCACGACCUCGCGAGUGGCUCUGGAGUGUAUGGAGAGGACGAGAACAAGUUUAUAUUUUACAACACUAUUGUUGGACGAAAAGCCAAAGCGAGGUUUAGAAUUGGUAAUCCGAACAAGGUACGUGGAAAGUGAUCGUGGUUUGCAGUGGUUUUACCUCAUUGUGCUUUUUGAUUGCUCUAGGAAAGUGAGACCACUUUCCUUACCAAUCAGAUACAAAAAGUGAAAUCAAUCUUAGUUGGCAACGUAUGUCUUUCCGAGUUUGAGUGUUGUUUACCUUUGGUCGUCGUUAAUAUUUUUGUUUUUGAGAAGGUCUUUAAUGCUUCUAUGCUUCGAUUAUUGUUAUUUCUUGCAACAUUUCAAAACUUUUUUUGUUUAAUAGUUUUGAAAUCUUGGCAUGCACAUCUCAUUUGCCUGAAACCCUCCCUUACUCAAGCCAUAACGUGAGUCCAAGUUAAUUCUCGCUUCAAGCGAUAGCUUUAAGGUCGUUUUUGAACAUCCUUUUUAGGAGAAUUAAGUUCCUUAACUUUUAAUGACGAGCGGUGUGAUCUUUAUUUUCUCAACACUUCAGGUGCCAUGCGAUUUGGUUCUCUCCGUGAAACCGCAGUCCAUGAAACCAUCUGCUCGUUGGCACGACGUCUAUGAGAUUGAACCCCAGCGUGCCUCGAUCCCAGCUCACAGCUAUGUGUACGCGACUGUGACCUUCAGUCCUCCGUCCAUGCAAACCUACAACGCUACUCUUGAAGCAGCCGUAGAUGGGAUGCCUAGCGCUAUGUCAAAGUACCGCAACCUAACGUUCGACAUCCAGGGUGAAGGAAACCUUCCUAGAAUCACCGUGGUUCGACCCACUGCUCGAAACAAGAAAGGUGCUCCAGUCCUUUUGUUCCGACGCCUUUUACUGGGACGUACUCAAGUGCUCUCGCUCUCGCUAAAGAACGAAGGCACAUUGAUGGCCCGAGCGAAUAUCGAUUUGAAAGACCCCGAAGGUGUGUACAAGAUUUCAUGUGUGGAAGGUACCAAAGCUAUGAAGCCACUUGACGACGGUGAAGACGACGUAGAUCCGAAGUCGCGAGUUCACACCUUGUCUGUGGUAGUCCCCAUGGGUAAGACGGCAGAUUUUGCGAUCGAGUUCAACCCCUCCCUGGUGGGGCGUUCGCUGGGCGAGAUUAGGCUGUCAGUAAUGGAUAAUCCUUAUGAAGAAAGUACAGUUCAACUAAUUGGAGAAGGUUAUGAAGAUGAAGUGACCAUAGAUAAUAUACGGUCCUUUGUUCAGACUGAGGAACUGGCGGCUGAGACGGAGAUCGACGACGACACUCCAGGUAUUAUUGGGAAAUGAGCUGAUAGGUUUUCGUUUUUAGUUGUAAAACUUGAUUCGCUUCUUACUUUGUGGUUUCAGAAGAAACAGUGCUCUUAAAACGUGUGAUUAGCCUUUAAAUUCAUGUCGCAGACCUUAAACAUUCAUCAAACGCUGGUCAUCACUAGCAUUAUCUUUGUUGUUGACGUUUUUUAACUUUUUAUGACACGUAUUGCAUAGAUACGGCCUACAAAAGGUACUAUUAUCCUUUUAGUUACGUUUCCUUCUUUCAUUUAUAUUAUUCGUAGCAUCACGAGAAAACCACGUCAAAUUUGGGGAUUGUGCCGUGGGUGUGUCCAAACAGCUGUCAUUCACACUGACAAACCAUUCUUCCUCGGACCCAGUGCGCUUCACGUGGUCCCCGCCGCCUGAGGUGACAUUUUCUCCGUGCACAGGACACUUACAGCCAAACUGUGCAAAGGAUGUCACAGUAACCUUCUGUUCUAACGAGCCAAAGACAUAUUCAGCGACAAACAUUCCUUGUAAAGUCACUAAGAUCAAGCUAGGAGAGGCGCAGGAUAAAGUACGUCUUAAAAUAGAAAAAUGGAUUGUAUGGUAAAACGUGUAAAUUAUCUAAAUGUCAUUUUAGGCUCUUUGUAGAAGGUAGAAUUCGUCACAAAUUUCGGUGAUCUCAUUUAAUUUUGUGGAAAGAUUCGUGGCUUUGUCUUCGACAGAACAAAAUUAAGAAUAAAAGAGAGCGAAAGAUGAUGGUGCUGCUCUUCGACAAUGCUAGUUUUAAGAUGUUUUAUGAUGAUCAAACCAUUUUGUAAGUGGCAGCUUUAAGCCUCAGUUUUUCUGGCAGCGACACUCGAUAGAUUUGAUGACUUGAUUAUCUUCAUGAUCUUCGAGUUUAAUUUAAUUUUUAUUUUUAACUUGUUACCAGUCUAAACUAUGCCGGAAAAAAAGCAAAGGGAUGUGGAGUUGACUUAAUAUUUGAUUUUUCCCCGACAAUUUGUUGUUUGGAUGUUCAUCAAUGUAACAGAGUGCGUUUGAGUUGCUUACUUAAUUUCCUUUUCUUUAGGCGGUGGACUGGGACGAUCGCAUGCGCACUGUAAAGUGGAUAGACGUGGCACCUGGUGAAGACCCUUCCACUGGCGUGAGGAAGUCCCCCCGGCCUUCUAAGAAGAAAGUCAUUGAAGUUGAAGCUGAGCCUCCAUAUACAGCGCUAGAAAACAGCACCAAAGACGUGGAACUGUUGCUUACUGCCGUGUGUGACUUUGCUAAAUACCGCUGUAAAGUCGAGAACAUACACUUCAAAGAUACACUGAUGUUUCAGUCUCGUGUGUACAGGUGAGCUGUGAGGUAUUUGUAGAUCAUCUCCGUGAAACACACCUUCCUUGUAAUGUUUUUCAGACACAAUCUUUAGAUUCUAUUGGGUGUGUUUUCGUACCGUUCAAGGUGAAGUGUUCUAGAUGUGAAGUUAGUAACUCAUUUCUUUGAUACCUAACUAAGAAAAAGCUUUUCCACUUAUAAAAAAACUUGCUGUAAAGGUAAAGAAAAAUAUCUUCUCAGUUUUACAGUCUCAAACAAAGGUGAUGUGCAGCUCGAUUACAAGUGGCAUUUUCAGCCAGUGGAAAAACCAAAGACUGUCAGCCUAGCCGAGCCGCCCGAGGUAGGACCCGAGAGACCCGAAAGCUCCGCUGGACAAUCCACCGGUCAGCGAACCGUUCGCCCCUCCACUUCAACAGGGGGCUCAUCAGUGCACCCUCCUAGACGUGUACCUCCAACCACUCAAAGACCUGGGUCCUCCAUGGGUGGGCGGCCGUCAAGCGCCCUGGCUCUUGCCUACGAGGCAGGCAGUGUAGUGAGCGAAGGAGGAAGCGAUGUGUUCCCUUUUGUGAUUGAGCCAGAAAGUGGAAGCAUCCCUGCAGGGAAGAAGGGUAGCUUUGUUGUGAAGUUCUCACCGUUAGAUGUGUCCGAGUAUGAUGCUCUGGUGACCUUCAGGUAAUACUGUGGUGCGAUGCUGUAGCACACAGACUCAUCAAAAAAUAAACAAACAAGCAAGAAAACUCUCUUAAGGAAAAAAAAAAUCCUGACGUUUUUUGAAAAAAGAAAAAAGUAACAUACAAACUCGCAUCAACGAAAACAUGCAAUUCGUUUAAAUGGUAACAUGAUCUGUGAAUAUUUGUUCCUCUCCGCAAUGCUAUUUAUUUUAAGAACUUGUUUGUUGGCACGCAUGCCAAAUUUUUGUUUGAUGUAAAGGGGGGACGGGACAUUAGAAUCAGCGAAAAACUUAACCCACGUAUGACGUCAGAGUAACUCAAUGUAAUAACAAGUUUCUCUUUAAUAUUUUCAUCUUUGCAGUGCCAACAAUCUCCCGCCAGACACAGGCGGCUUCUCCAUUCCCGUUCGUGGAAGGAGCCUUCUUCCUUAUUGUCACUUUGAAUUGGAGGAGUCAGAUUAUGUUUCCGGGGGGAGAAGAAACCCCGAGUUAAGAGGUCCUGGUGGGGCUCCCCCCGGAUCUACCUUAGAUCCCACCACGAAAGUUAUCGAGUUCAAGUCGUGCGGAGUUAAAGUUAAAAACAUAAAGUAAGUUACCAUUGAAAUUUUCAUUAACCUGCGACAAAGUAAAAAAUGUAACAAACUAACUAAUAUUUCCUUCAAUAUGUUAUCGCACUUCAAAGCCUGAUUAUUUAGAUUUAAGAAUAGAACUUCCAAACAUGAGACCUUUUCUGGACUUGUUUUCAAACCUUGGAGGGGUUAAAAAUUCAAUUCUUUAAUGCUUAAAUUUAAAUCUGUACUCAGAGUCAAAUUUAGUCUUUGCCCAAUUCUCAAUUAUAAUGAUUCAAGUACGUGUCAAAAUCCCAAUUCCGGUUACUUGAAUCCAAAUUUUACGGCCUAAAAUUGGUCAAAUCCCAUGUUAUUAUGUUCGGAAGCCGAAAGAGGAAACUUGGUCAAAACUAUCUGCGAAAUGCGUGUAAGACACAGUCAGGAUCAGUUGGUGUGUGUCUACUAAUAAUUGAUAUGUUCCCAUAGACGUUUUAGCGUCAUAAACCCAUCCAACACAAGCUACAGUUUUGUGUGGACCAGUGAGGACACACUGGAUGGCGCGCCCCCAGAAACGGUCAAUUUCCGGUGCCUGACUCCCGAGGGGACCAUACUGAGUGGGAAGAAGUACGAGAUGGUGUUUGAGUACGUAUCAGACUCGCUGGACCUGGUUGAAUCAUUUUGGCGGUUCUUUGUGCCUGAGUACAACUUCUCCAUUCCAUUUGUUAUGGUGGGGCAUACAUUUGAGCCCGCGCUGUCAUUUGACAGGUCUCACAUAAACUUCAGGGAAAUGCUGCUUGGUGAGUAUGGCGUUUCUCGUGAUUGUGAUUUUUUUGUCAUUUUGCGAAGUGUUUAAAUAUGUUCAGAGAGAAAGAAAUUAGAAGAUAUCAGCACAGUUGGAAAACAUGAAGGAGGCCAUAAUAAACUCAGAGGAUACAAUAAUGGCGAUGGGCGAAGAAGAUUAAACCAGAUUGCAGUUGACGAGCUAGAAAAAUUUGCACGAAGUUUUACAACAUGAACAACUCAGCUCGUGGCUGUAAUUGAUCACAUCUAUGAUAUCAUCGCUUACAACUGUACUAUUAGUGAAAUAUCGUGACCAUCUCCGAACAAUUUUGAGUUUAUGGAGACUUGAACUUGGAAUCUCUGUGAAAGAAUAGUGUAAAUUAUAUGACGAGAUGAAAUUGAACCACGGAAAGUACAAAACUUUAUUGGGUAAGGAACGAGAAAAAGAAAAAUUCUCGACUCGUAUUACAUUGUUGUGUCGUUGCAACAAGCUGGAGUCUAUUUACGUUAAAGUAAAUUUUUGUAUCAUGCUUUGCUGUUUCAGGUCACCCGGCAAAAGAAACUGUACAGUUAGUGAACGAGGAGAACAUCCCAUUCACUUUUUCAUUCAGCGAAUCGUCUUGUCACACAGAAGGAUAUGCGUCUAGUCUGUCUGUGGAGCCCAUGUCUGGAACAGUCCUACCCAAGGCCAGGUAUGAAAUGUCUUCUCAUCUUAAUGAAUUAGAUUACAAAAAGUGCAUGGAGUAAAUCAUAUUUGCCCUAACCGGUGACUGAGUGAUGCAGUUAUCCUCGCAUGCAAAGGACAUUGUAAUAGUUUGAAGAAGUAAUGCCCGGAAAAAAGUGUGUGCGCUUUGACUUGGCUUGAAUCCGUUCCUCUCAUACUGGUUUGCGGUUUAACACUUUGUACCUUAACAUUGAUAUACUCCGUAUAUGUAUACUCCGCUUCAAUGGUCUCUCUACAUUUCUUGUGAAGCUGACAAGGAAAAUUUGUUUAUCAAUAUGAAGCUUCUUAAGUUUAUGAUCAUUUCCUGUAUUCUCGUAAAUUUAAGUUAUCCAGGGGUGAUAUUGUAAGAAGAAAUUAAGUACUAUGGGGGGUCAAAGGAUCAAAAUGUCUUAUGAUUGGCUAUUGACAAUGUGUAGUAUACAAACAGUUAUGUUAACACCUCAAACAUUCACUGCUGUUGCAUAUUUUUUCAGGCUACCAAUCGAAAUCUCCUUUACAGCAACUGAACAGAAGGAAGUAAACUUCAAUGUUCUGUGUCAUGUGAAAAAGAAAACAUCUCCUCUAACCUUGAAUGUGAAGGCAGAGGGGUAUGCCAUGAAUGCGCAGCUUGUUUGCGAAGAUUCACAGGGAAACAAAGUGGAGCUUACAUCUAAAGGAACAAACAGAAUCAACUUAGGAACGGUUAGUUUUGUAAAGAAAAACAUAACUGGCAAAGUAUAUUUUAAAACGAAACGUUAAAUAUCUGUUUGCUUUUGAAGCCGGAAUAGCCUUCGACUUAUUAUUCAUAUCAAUAGAAAGAGCUGAUUAUUUGAGUUGAGGAUACAAGUGGGAAAUUUCGGGGUGCAAUAACUACGCCAAGUGCUUCGUUGAUCGUUUGAAGGUGAUUACACUGGUCGAUGCACUCUUUUGUUGUCUUUCUCCUUUUCGUUCGCUCUCUUUUUUACUGUUAUAUCCUCAGGUCAAAACAUUUCAAACCUUGUUAGAACAUAAGAGCUGGUUAUAGCAAUGGAAUUAACUUCAUUGCACUUAUCAGUACAAUAUGAAUCUUACACCAUUCUUUUAACGGAUCUUAAGUGGCACUACUCUCUCGCUAUAUUAAUAUAUGACUACCAUCAAUUUAAAGGAGACUCGAGGGUAUAAGUAUUGAUUCGGUUAAAAAAGAAACCGCAAAAAAAGAAAAGAGGGUGGCUGAAGAUGGUUUGAACAGAUUGCUAGUAACGAUUUACCUUUGUAGGUUGCACAAACCAUCAGCUGGCUCCUUAAAGAAGUCGGUAGCAAAUAAUGAAAUGAAUUUGUUCUUUUUUACUCUCGUUUAAGGUUGAAAUCAACGAAAAAGCCACCCGACAGUUGUUUGUCAUCAACUCAGGGAAAUUUAAUUUUGACUUUUCGUGGGAGAUCCAUAACCGGACGAAGCUUAAGGGCCUCAGGGUUCUCGAUGGGGAGAAGCUUGUAUCAGUGACUCCUGAAAGUGGGACGGUGCCAUGUAAUACUCGUAAGAGAUGUCAGUUAGCUUUCUGUCCACCUGGGAGACUUUCACUGACAGGAUGCGAUCUAUUGUUAAAGGUAUUGGUGAUUCACUUUUGGCAGUUUGUAGAAAGGCAUGUUGUGAAUGUAGGUUUGCUCCUUGCUGGAGACAUUGCUGUUUCGGGUUUACCUUUGAACUAAGCUAUGGCUUUGCCAAAUGCAUCAGGCAAUCUUUCUGGAUAAGUGAUAUCGAAUCAUUUUACGACAGAAAUGUGAAAAUUGUUCUGAUUUGACUUUGUGUUGAAUUGAAUUUAUAGUGCUUCAUGGAAAUUUUUGUUUCAUCUGUGGGAGUUAAAGUUUCAUCUCUGAACUAUAUACAGCUUCUCUUAACUGCAUUCUUACAUGCAGAUAACUUUUCUUUGUGUGCUUGUCUGUAGAUCACCAAUGGCCCAACGUUCACCAUAAAUCUAACAGGGACGGGUAUACAGCCUGGACUCAACUUCUCUUUUGUGAGGCAUGACUUUGGUCCGUGUUUCCUGUACCGUGCUGGUAUGCCUCGGAAACGGACUACGUUGAUCAUUAAGAACGAAGAUACAAAAGAUAUCAGGUAAUGUGUUGAUCUGUUUCACAACUAUUGUUACAUUUCACAUUUGCCUUUGAGUCCAGUGUGACUUCACAAGAAUCAACUUAGCAGAUUAAUUUAAGGAAUAGUUGCGCAAAUGAUCUUGAAUUAGAGUUUGUUGCUUUUUCUAUCUACCUUUUACCAGGUUUUAAUUUCACUAUUUUCGUGAAAGUGAUUGACAACAGUGGGUAAACUGCCUGGAAGCCCCAUUUUAUUUAAGAAUAUGGGAGGGAUUCUGAUUCCCUUCAGUUCACUCUUUCUAAUUCGAAGAAGCUGUAGAAACAUCCCACUUGAUAAUAAACAGACGCUGCAGAUUUUACUCAGUGUUCAUCCAAAGAAUGUUUGCGAACAUGGUAUCUGACUAUUCUUGGAAAAUACGAUUUAACUCGAACCACGUAAUUCAUGUCUGUAACACCUUACUAUACUUUUCAGUAUUGAGUGUCAAUACGAGAAUACUGCCCACCUUGAGGUCGCCUGUCUACCUGGAGUCCUGAUACCAAACCAAGCCAUGCAGGUAGAUAUUGUGUUUUAUCCCCGGGAAGCCAGGAGAUAUCAUGAGGUUAUCCCGUUUGAGAUCAACGGUCUGUCCACCAUGAAUGUCGAGAUAUUUGGCGAGGGAACCGACAUGAAGGUAAUUUGUUUUGCUCGAUAUAGUGCUCAGCAUUGCCUUUUUGUCUCUGUAAAGAAUAUAGCGUGUUACCUGAAAUAGUUUUGUUGCAAAUUUGGUCUGUAAAAAAUCUUCUUACGGCAUCAGGGAUACGCCAGAAAGUUGAUACACCAAUUUAUUUGUUAUUUUUUACGUUGAUCAGGGAAUUUGUUUCCUACCGUUUGUCCACCAAGCCCGCAGACAAGCUCUAACUACUUGCUAGGGUCACAGAACAGCUUGUUGUCCGGCACUAGCUACACAUUUGCUACGCCUUAGAACUUUGAAUCGAACUAGUUUAAGAGUAAUACCAGACUGUAAACAAGAAGCAACGGAAAAGGCUCUCGAGGAACUACACAACGACUUUUGAAUUGAUAUUUUGUCUCUUGCCAAACUACUUUAAACUCGAGAAAGAAUAAGAAUACAAAAUAUUGGUGGUUUAACGUAGGAAAAGACAAAAAAGGCGUUGAUAAGCUAGGGAAGAACAAAACUUGCGAAGGAUGUAGACAGUAAAAAAAUAAAUUGUAAAUAACGAAAUUGAAAAAUUUUGGCUGGAGUGCUGGAACCGUGACAGUUCUUAUUUGUUAUUACUCGCAGGUAGAGGUCGCUAAUCCUUCAGACAGAAAAGUAAACUUUGGCGCCUUGCGUGUCGGCCAAACAAAUCAGCGGAGUGUAAAGUUAGUGAACCGCAGCCCUGCACCAAUCACGUUCACCCUAGCCAUCACACCAGCUGUAGUGGCGCUUCAACAAGCAAACAUUCUCACUAUUAGCCCCUCUACGGAAAUCACUCUUAGGGCCAAUGGCGGCACGUAUGGCGUGGACCUGACUUUCAAACCGAAAACACGCAUACCACAGUUUACUGAAGAGGUAAAUUAAGUGCUCAAUAGUUUUUUUACUUUUUGACAAAGACGCUAUUCUGUUACGUUGUGUUAUGUGCCUGUAGACUGUUUAUUUUCCGCCAACGGCGGCUUGUGGUUAUUUCUUUAUUCCGCGUCGAUCAAAAACACAUUUCGUUUCUUGCUUCAUGUAGCAUACUAUAUCCGUCAGAAUUAAUAAUGAUCUUUCUGCAUCAUAUGUUUCAUCUAUUCCUGUCUUUAAAUACGUAAGUCAAACACCGCUUGAAUUUUCCUUUGUCCUUGCACUGAAACGCUUCAUGAGAUAAGAAUAUAAUUCAACACAUCUCCGUUGAAAACAGUGAAUAUCUACUGGUGCUUUAGAAUGAUAUUAAGAUAUUGGUCGAUGCGUCGUUCAAAAACAUUGGAUUUUUCAAGUAAAUAUCCAUUUAUUCUUCACGCUGCAGGUGAUGUUGGAGUGUGCCGGCAUGUCCCAGCCCAUCUUUGUGGUAACAGGCUCUUGUCAAGGAAUAGAGAUCACGUUGGACAGCGACUCGGUGCCGUUUGGCGCUGUAGUUCUCGGCAGUCGCAGCACGAGGAAGCUGAUCAUGCACAACACAGGAGACAUCGGAGCAGCCUUUACUUGGAAUGUAGAAAAGUUUCAACCUGAUUUCUCCAUCUCACCAGUUAAAGGUUACAUUUCACCCGGAAUGGAAGUGUCCUUCGAGAUCGUGUUUCAUCCCACUGUGGUGAAUCAUGAUAUAAGAUACGAGGUAUGAAGCACAUCCGUUCGCGAACUUUCAGAUAAUUAUAAGCAUGAAAAAUACGUAUUAUUUAUUUGUUGAUUUGAAUAGAACAGGGUUAAAUAACCAUGAUAACACCCAUGAUUUAACUUAUAAACCAUGAACAGCGAUCAUGUGAUAUGUAAGCUUUUCAAGUUCUCCUCAGCAGUCCAUUUACCUUCAAAAUCUUGUAGCUCACUCACAAAUUAGAUUUCAACUAAUUAUUUCAUUAAUUCGCCGACUCAGCUCAAUACAUUUUUUAGAAACCAAUAAUUUUGCACUUCUGUGAUACCUGACCGUCGUGUGUUUUUUCAACAGAGUUUGCGUUGUGCCAUUGAAGGUGGUAAAGCGCUGAAGCUCGUUUUGACGGGAAGCUGUAUCCCACAGACACCCCUAAAGGAGGUAAAAUACCCCAGCUUACUAUGAAAGAGAAACUACUUUUACUAUCGCUCUGAGGAAUAAGCAGAAAACCCAAGGCUUGCGUUUUAAAAUCUUUUGCUAGGUACCUAAAGGACACCUGGUUAGCUUAAUUUGUGGAGCGCUGGAUGAUUGUGUGGGUUAGGGAUGCCAGGCCUGACCAAAACUCAGGUUCUUUAAAAUAUGUACAAGAAGAAUGUGUUGCCUUUGUCACCUACAACGAUAAAUGGGUAGACAUGGAUUGGGACUAUAAGACUUUUAAACCUUGUCUUCAGCUAACUCACACGUAGUCUGAGGAGGGGACUUAAUGAAACCAUGCCCAAAAGGGCUUCUACUACCUUGUGUCGUAUAAUCCAACUUUCUCAAACACAUAAAGAAACUAACAUACGACCAAAGCUUUCCCUUACUAUUGUUAACGUUGUGUUAACUUGCACUCUUUCCUAUUAGAUGCUUCACUUUGCGACCCAUGUUCGCACUCGUGACACGCGCAAUCUUGUCAUACAUAACCGGACAAACCAGUUAUGGAUGCUGCGGCCUGUGAUUGACGGUGAAUACUGGUCUGGUCCUGACACCAUUACUGUGGAGCCACAACAGAGUAAAAACUAUGAGUUAACCUACAGACCACUUACUAUGACUCAGGAAGGAAAGAAACACUUGGUAUGAGUAGUUCCGUUAUCAUUUUAUUUCAUCGUAUCGCAGUGCUCUGCGUUACAUUGUCGGCGCUGUGUGGCAUUGAUUGUAAUUUCUGAAUUUUUAGGGUUUUUUCUACAUCACUCCCCGAGUCAUUCAGCCUGUUCACUCUUGGACGAUACCGAGUUUUAUGCAUUAUCUAAUACUGUAAUUUGUCGAUAUUUAGAGGAUUUGACCCAUUCCAUCAAAAUCAAUCUUCAGGGAUUAGGAAGGCCGUGCGCCAUGCGCGUAUGGCGCAUAAAGCUACGAAAUGGCCCAUUAUAAAAAUACUUACCGGGCCUGUGAUGCGCCCUGACCGCACAAAGCUAGUGAAAUAUAAACUAUUUUGUGAAAAGGAUUUUAAUUUGUAAAAGUUUCACUUUGGUGAGACAUAAACAAGCGAAAAACUACGGUGCCUUCGCUCGUUUGAUCACGCUCGCUUCAUUAUUGUUCCCAGAUCCUGAACUCGGACUUUGCAUGCAAACGAGGCUAUUGCUCGGAGUUCCAUGUGCUUUCGUUUUCAAGCAGAGUUCGAGCGUUUUCGUCGCUUUGAAUGUAUUUGCAUCGAUUAGCCUCAUGCCUCCGAAAAAAAUCUUGAGAUUGGACAGCUCGCAGAGAACGUUGUCUACAUUUUUCAACACAACAGCGGAGCAGAAUCGUGAUACUGUGAGCGAAAACGACCGUGAAACGGACGAAACAGAUGGUUCAUAGGUAUAGACUGUAAUACACAAGCAAUAAACCGUUGUUAAAUUUUUACUGGCCCAUUAUUUACCCUAAUGGCCCAAACGUUUUAUAAAUGGCCCAUAACUUUCCAAUGAUAGGGGCUAUAGGCUCAUUUGCCUGUUAAACCUUCCUAAUCCCUGAAUCUUCCUUACUGAUUUUUUAAAACAAAGAUUUGGCCUUAAAAAACAAAGAUUUUUAAAACAAGGAUUUGGCAUUAAAAUGCCUAAUCUUUGUAAGCCGUGAUGUGACGCACUCUAGGGGUGAGAAAUAACUCUUGGACUUACGGCAGAACCAGGAACCCAAGUCAUGAGCUCCUGGCAGAACCUUUGCUUAUCAAAAGCUCCGUAGAAUCCGAACUUUUUCGUGUUUCUGAAGAAAACUCCUGGCGGGAUUAUCUUUAAGUUGCAUCUUUUUUAAAUCUCAUCGAGUAACGUGAUUCAAGUAUUUAAGGGUUGCAUAUUUCUGUUUCAGGGCUCUGUUUUUUUCGCUCUCCCGGAUGGCAAUGGUCUCCUAUAUAAUGUGACUGGUAAUGCAGAGGGUCCUAAGCCGGUUAACAACAUACAGAGAGAGGUACCUUGUAAAACGUCCUACACUGAAAUGCUCACUGUCACCAACUGGCUGCGAAGACCUCAGAGGUUCGUGAAACGGUUUCUCUUUCGUGAACCGUUUGAUAAAGCUAAAGAAUUCGUAAUUUUAAAGGUUUAGUGAUUCUCUAAAGGUGUGCUAGAUACAGAAAUCAGCGGUUGAAGUGAAAUUGUUUUGAUAUAAUUUUUCACUGAGCGCAACUUUAGUUGUAACGAGUUUAAUUAGCUCCCUAAACUUUUAAAAGCUCUUCAUCAAUAACAAGAAACACAACUUGAAAUUUCAAUCAUUUACAAUUUUUAUCUACCCAUUUUAACCCUAGCAGUACGUUACACUGUAUGGUAAUCAAACAUGACAAAGCUUUCACUCCCAUUUCACACUAUAACCAACCCACAAAAUCUGACCUACAAGUAUUGAAUAUGAUGACAGCCUUGGAGUCGUUGAAACUCCCUUCAAUUCCAUUUUCCUUUUUUAAGGGAAAUUCUUUUUAUUGUCAUGAAAUUGUUUUGAUCCAUUCUUCAUAAAGUAUUGGUACUGAGAAAACUAUUGGGAUUAAUAGUAUUUGUAGUUGUGUUGUAGCUUUUUGCGGCACCUGUGCCUCACGUUCUGUGGGAUUUUAAUUCAGCACCAUUGCAUAUAUUGUUACGUUAGAUUCCGCGUGAUAAUAGAGAUGCUGAAACCUGACAGACCAGACAGCGCUACUACGCUAAAGGGACUGGACUACAUCGAUGUCCCGGGUCUCUCCAAACGAGAAUACAGAUUGAACUUCUUUGCUCACAAAGAGGGAACGUUCAGUGCAAAGGUAAGAAAUUUUAGAGUCACUUUUUACUACUAAAUUUUUAUGGCUUCAAACCCGUGGACUUUUUUAAUUGUUUUGGGGUAUCUAGUGGAAAGUGCGGCAUUCGUAUGAGGUAAAAGGCCAUGGUAUUACUUUGCUUCCAAGUUUUUUUUUAGUUGAAAAGUUUUCAGAAACAUGAAUGCAACAAAUUAACGCUUCCAGCUAUUGUAUCAGUUUUUCUUCAUACUUUACCUUUUCUUUGCAAUUUAAUAGUGCAUCUAACUGUAGUGAGGUGAACAAAGACUUUUUAAAUGUAAGGAAAUACUCUAAAAGGAAGUGCAGCACAAUUUUUUUAUCAAGGCGACGAGUUUUUCAGAUGCUAUAAUGAUAACCGUAAUUUACUAUAAGUGCGAGAGACUGGCCGGUAAAAUAUUUAUCCCAAUAAUAGAAUGUCUGCGGUUACUCGAAUUUUAACGUCGUUGUUUUUCUUUGAUUCUGUUGUUAAUCUACGGAUCUUCAACUUGCAGGUAAUAUUCAGGAAUGAACAGGGCGGAGAAUAUCUGUUUUAUUAUGUGACUUUCAAGGCAGUGCCCCCUGGUGUAAUGGCUACCAUUGACUUGUCCACGCCCAUACGUAAGAGCACGUCACAUGUGGUGACGUUACACAAUCCCCUCAGUACCCCUGUGACAUUCAAUUCUCAGUGCUCUGUGGCUGACAUCCAGCUGCCGCCAAGUUUCACUGUUCCUCCUUUAUCUGAGGUUAGUGCAUGCCUUGUUUUAAGAUACUUUAUGGCCUAGAUUUCUUGUGAUUAUAACAGCUUGUUGUACUUCAAUUCCAGAUAUGGUGCUACAUUCACUCUAGUCACCUUUCGAAGAGUGACUUUUGUACUUUUCAGAACUAUUAUCGUGAACGUACUUGUGGGUUUUUGUUUUGAAUUUUAUUUUUCAUGUCUCCCCGAUUAUAAAUGAAGAAAUGUAAAAUGGUUUCCGUGUUUACAUAGCCAGAUGUAAACACGUAAACGUCGUGGUUUCCUACGCUUAUCUCGUGUUCUCCCAACCUCCCAAGUGUUUACAUCAGGCUAUGUAAACACGGAAACCAUUUUACAUUUCUUUUAUAAAAUAGCUAAUGAAAGAGGAACGAAAACCGUGUUUACAAACGCUCAUGUAAAAUGGUUUUAUGGCCAAUCAGAGCGCGCGUACUAUUUGAAUUAUUUUAUAAAGUUUUUUAUUUACCUCCGGACAGUCUUUCAUGAUUGAAGAAGAAUUAAAAUCAUUUACGUAACUUUAAUUAGCACCCAUGUUACUUUCAUUUUUUUUUUUUUCAAUUUUAGGGAUAAGGGCCGGAAAAAAUCGUCUUCAACUCAUUAGUUCUAAUAUACCAGUCUUCAUUUGCAAACUGGUGUGUAAAAAUGCAUGGUGUUGUGGACAAAAUUAGAGGUAGUUCGUAUUUAAAAACCUGUACAACAAGCUUAAGCUGUGAUCGAGUUUAUCAUUAGUUUCUUUUCGUCUGUUCACUCUAGGGCUCGUGUAUGUUUGAGUACCUCCCGCUGAAGGCCGGUGAGUUAACAGGCCGACUCUCCUUCAGCAGUUCAGAGUUAGGCGUGUAUCAGUAUGACCUCAACCUAACCGCAACACCUGCCGGAACGGAGGCUCCUGUUCAUUUCCGUGCAGGCUUGGGUACCAGUCAAAGUCAGACCUGUCGAUUUGUAAACUUUGCCAAGUCUAAAGUCGAGUACAGCUGCAAGGUAGUAACAUUUCUUCCACCUUUAUUGCUAGCUGUUUUAAUGGUUUUGAGCUAAGUCGAAGACCAGAAUAAAAGCACUGGAAUUGAGUUACACAGUUUGUCAUGGAGUUUUGAGCCACAGAUAAUAAUGAUAUCAAUUUCUGUCGUGCUAAUCUUUUCCAUCAUCAAUAUCCAACUUCCUUUUUGGUUGUUUCAUCCCACUCAGCUGUUUUUCUUUUCUUUUUGAUCUCAAGAGUAUUUUGCAGCUCCCUCUCGUUGAAGGCAACUUUGCGCGUGGCUAAGUGGGAUCAAAAUCCUUUUUCGGCGUAGCUCUUAAAUUUGAUACUUAGAGGAAUCAAUUGUGGGAAGAGUUGUAUGAUUUCCUGUAGUUUUUCACUAAUCGAGUUUACUCUCUCUUAAGGUGGACAACACUGAUUUCCAUGUUGAAAAGAAUAUCACGGCAGCCUCAGCGUCAAGUGGAGGCACAGAGGUCGGUGUGGAAGUGACCUAUGAACCAUCCCGUCUGGGUGAUACUCGCGCUACUCUGACCGUUUUCUCUCCAGUAGGAGGAGAAUACGUGUUCCCACUGUUUGGUCACUGCAGUCCUCCAAAACCCCAGGGUCCGUACUCGAUCAAAGCGGGUGCAACAACUUCAAUUCCGUUUAAGAACGUGUUUUCACACACUACGCAAUUUGCCUUCUGUCUGGAUAGUCCGUGUUUUAAUGUGAAGGCGAGCGAGAGCGUCCGUGCUAAGAAGACCCAUAAUAUUAUCGUUGGUUUCGAGGGAAACCAAGGAGGUUCCAAGGCUCCGCGCAUGGGCAGACUCAUGGUCACGUGUCCGAGGAGCGCAGGUGGUGCUGGGAAUGUUACUUGGACCUUCUACCUGAAGGGCCUCACUCCGUGAAAUUAAACUGAGUUAAAUUUCCGUUUUAUUUGUACCAAGGAGUGUUAUAUUUUUUGGACAUGGUGUAGUGCUUCAACUUGUAGAUAUCAUUCCUUUCACAAUAAUGUUUACGCAUGCGUUCGAUGCAUUUUCGUUAACGUCUUCUACAAAUUUGUGUUUAAUGUAUAAAUUUUGUGGCUGAGGUCAUGUUUUUCAUAUUAUAGCGGUUAGGAAGUUGCUUUGAUAUAAAGCAAUGCCAAGAACUUUAAAAUAAUGAUAAUAAAGUUUUGUGUAAGUUUUGACGCGUCUGGGUGUUGUCAAACUUGCCCUUUUCUCCAGAUCAGCAGAUUCUUUUCUCCCCUUCCUUUUCGCAUCCAAUAAAAUAGAGUUAUUAGGAAUGUGCGAAGUAUUAUUCUGUCUGUAAUCAUACGAGUGAUUAGCGAAAUCGGACGACCGCGAAGCGGGAGUUUGAUUUGACAAUUACGAGUAUGAUUACUGACCAAAUUGGAAGACACAAUGGCCUGUUACCAGUUAAUUCUACCAUUUUAAUUUCAAAGAAAAAUAAAAUGUUUAUAUUCAGAGAGGGGCUUCUAAUUCCAAUUCAUUAACACUUUAUCAUUAGAGUCUGACAAAAACACACUAGAAAAUUCUUGCACUUUUGAAAAUACCCAGCUUGAGAUGAUAUGCCAUUGCUGUGGUUGCUGUAAUCAACUAAGUGAUUGGUGGAUUUAUUUCAGUUUACUCAAAGGCAUUGGCUGAUGCAACAGUCCAAUUACAACUCUACAAAAUUAUUAGUAGAAAACAGGACAGUUCAUUCAUUAUGAAAAACUCCUGUGUUCAUCCACUAUGUAAUAUUCAGGUAUAGAGUUAUAAUAAAUUUACAUAGUUGCAAUGUCUUGCUAAUAAUAUAUCUGUUUCUACAGAUGAUAUUCUUUUAAUUAUGAAGAAGUAAUAAUCUCUGUCUCUCAAUUUUACCUAAAGAUUCUGCUUACAUAACAUUUUUGUGGAGAUUAUUCCAAAGCUGCUAUAGCGACGCAUUUUACGAAGAUAAUUGGUUCGGGGCAUUGGAAUAGCUUGUUUAUUUAAAGAACCCUGGAAAGUCUAUGGAGGAAUGUCAGAUCGAUUAACUAAUUCAGAAGCAGAACCACGUAGGGAUUUACAAACCAUUAAGCCCUGUGAUUGUAUUGUUAGGUUCUGCGAUUUUUCAUGCGAAUAUGUUCUACUUAAGGCUCCACUCAAGUUGAGGACGUAAUGCAUCUACUCGUUAUCUAUACAGAUCAUUCAACGAUGAGAGAAGUUCUAUCGAUGAGCUCUCCUAAGUUAUGUAUAUCUCAUGCUGUUGAAAGUCAGCAUAUUGACUUUUUAAGCAAUUCCAUAACACUUCAGUUUUCCCAGUGUGUGAUAUUCUUCCUCAUUAACACUGGUUGUAUCACUAAACCUCAUUUGUCUAACCGGUAGAUUAUUCUUAUCCGUGAGAAUACCACUGUCUUCACGCCACACAUUGUCAUUUUUGUCACAGUUACAAAGAAGCUGGGAGUCUGCGCAUGAGUUGGUCAUUCCGCAAGUGAUGCUCCGCCCCAAUAAUUCAUCUGAGUGGAGGUCACGUGAUACCCACCAGCCUAUGCCUGUCAUGAAAGAAUUAUGACACUCAUACUGGAUAAACUGUUCACAGUUUGAGGAGAUUUUAGUGAGACUUGCCAGCUGAGACAGACUUGCUCCGGUGUAAUGAAUGUCCCGUACGUAAUUGUUAGUACCUUUCACGCGUGUUCUUCUUUCAGUGUCGUGACUGAUGGCUGUCACGCCAACCCCAUUUUUGUCGCUCAUGUCACAAUAAACUGUAAAUGGUGCCAGUCCUUCUGCGCCAUCUGGAUCAAUGACAUAAGUUCCACUUACACUGGUCUGUUGUCUGAUAGCUGAACAAGACUUAAAAUAGCAUUUCAAUCCCUCUCCAAAGUAACCAUGGUUACACUUGCACGAAUACGCACCAAGUUCAAUUGCACAGGUAGCCGCGUGACGACAACCGUAGAUGUUUCUUUCACACUCAUUCAGAUCUUUAAAGAAGACAUUAGAGAUGUAAGAAAGAAAAGGAGCCGUUAAUUGAGGUAAAAUACUCUACAACAUAAGCUCUAGUAAAGAGUAAUUCAAUGGGAUCUCAAUGGUUUAAGCUUAGACUCUCUCCUCCAUAUGGCGAUCCCUUAAAUAACAUCAUAGCUCAUGAUUCAAAAGGGGGAUCUUUGUAUUAGCUUCAUGGUUAUAAAGUUUAUUUCUCUCAGUAGAUUAUGCCGAUUAAUCUUUGAAAAACAUUCGUUAUUAAACUUGCUCUGUGAAAUAGAGUUCCUGAUGUUUAUUUGAGAACGAAAACCCUUUUUUGUUCCUUUACCUUUUUUACAAGUAAACUGAUGACAAUCACUGCAUUGCAUGUCGUUCCAUUCAUAAUUGUGUUUCACACCAAAAGCCUGUACACAAUCCUCUUCUUUAUAGUUAUAUGGUUGAUUCUUGGCCCAAGCUGUAAAGUUUCCUUCUCCUCGAUCGGCCCAGGUGAAGUUUCCCUCCACUGAUUUGUCAUUUAAGCCCAGCCAUGUUUUUUCUCCAUUGUGACGAUGUGACGAGCGCAAGUCUCAUCGGCGAAGAAAUGAGCUUCUUAAAAUAAGGAUGUUAAUAGUCAUAUUGAGAAAUACUAAUUUAAGGCAAUAGUAAACUAUCUGAAAUGACCAGAUUUCGCUCCCUGAAAACGAACAUAAAAAUACGCUUUAAACCGUUAUUUUCUUUAGUAGGGAAGGUCAUGGAGAUUCAUCGUCAGAAACUCUUGCAAUGUUGAAAAACUCUUGCAUACAUACUGUUUGAAAUUGAGGAAAUGAUUUACCUCAAUCCAUGUUGUGAUUCCGUUGUGGUCUGGUGCCGAGUUUCCAUGAGCUGUUGUGCUGUGAUUGGUUGAUGAAAGGACUGUUGGUGUUACAUUGUAACUUCGGAUGAAAUGUAAAAACUGCAAGGAAAUCCAAAAAUACUCAGAUCAUGGAAGCUCUUGAUCUGCGUGAUACGAUUGAGGGCCAACAUCGCUACUCUCCCUGAAUGGGAUGCUGAUUUGAAUAUAAUCAUGCACAUGACAUCAUAAAAAGUUUAGGAAAAUACGUUUAUUCGUUUUUACCUGCACACAAGUAACGAUGGGUUGCUAUGCGCUUAAGAAUUAUUCACAGAAUUUGCCUAAAGCAGGCCUCGUCGCCAAGUCAAAUUAUUUGCAAUCACAUAAUCAAUUUGAAAAAUUUCAUACAUGGCAGGCGGACAAUCCUUAAAACGAAGGAAAAAAACAGAAAAACCGUAUGCCCUACGGCAACAUUUGAAACAUUAAACAAAUAAAUGACAUCUUCACUACUGUCACCAAUCACAACUGAUCUUAUCACCAGCUUUUCCCGGUUGAGUUAAAAUUUGUGACUACUUUCCAAGUAGCCUUUCACCUACCUUGCAGUAAGCGUUGUUGUUUUCAUCGAUUGGUGGUUUUGUGUUUGGAAACAAAAAAGAGCCAUGUUCAGCGAAGAAUGGCUUGUGUAAUUUGGAAAAAGCUAGCCAGUUCUGUAAAAAAUUAAUUUGGAAAGAUGUGCACAGCGGUAAUGAAAUUUCAUUGACUAAAUCAGGGUUGGCUCGAAUGUGCAACGCAAGCAUUGAGUGUAAGGAGUAAACAGAGAAACAAAGAAGGCUUUGAUUAGGUUACUUUUGUUGGCUCUUUUAUUGGAAGUCAGACAAAUCUGAUGGAGUCGAUUUUUAAUUCAGUGUCAAAGAUUGAUUUUGCCUCAAUAAGUUUUCUGAAUGGUCUGGAGAACUUGCGCCACCUUCUAAGCCAAUAACAUGCAAAGUCUCAACAAAUUGCGACUAGGUCACUUGUUUCCCGCGCUUAAAAUGAGCAAGGUUCUUACAUGCGUUGCCUUCCAUUAUUUUGCUCGCUCUGCGAUAUUUCAUUUCGUUCAAAGUAGCCGUUUUAGUUUUUUGUUUUAAGACACUCGAUCAAAGCGCGGUCUACUCAGUUUUAGUUAAAAAUUGUUUAUCAACCCGAGUUUUCAUCAGGUUUUAUUUAAGUGGAAAGGCAUCCCAAGAAUACACUAUUCUGAAUAUUGUGCCUCCCAUUUCUGUAAGCACCCUGCUUUUUUUACAUGUGUUUUCUCUUGUCACUCUCAUAUCUAAGGCAUCAUAAUCCAAAAUAGCUAUACCUACAUUUUUUUCAAAAAAUUAACGCAUACCACACUAAUGUCUUCAUGUUUGCCAUCAAAGUUCUACAAUUCACGGAGACAAAUUUUGGCAGAGCUCUUAGUUAAAUCCUCGGUCCAUAACAGCGGGGCGUCAUAUUCUUUCCCAGUCCUUAGUUGUUCUGCUGUCACAAGGAGCACAGGAGCCUCCUUAAACUUGUCCUCCAAAUCACAUAAUCGAAAAAUUGCGUUUAAAAAAAAGAAAGAAAGAAAGAAACAUCUCAAAAUCAUUGGUGUGUACACUUUAGAACAUUUGUGAGUUAUUAAUAGCUUUUGAAAAUGCCUUUGAUUACUCUGGGUCUAUGUGCGUAAAAAAAUUUUACCUAGUGAAGUGUGUAAGUUACAGUCCGCGUCAAUCUCGUAUAUUCCUUGUUAUUUUCGUUUUCAGCGGCGGAUCCAGACCUUGAGCAUAGGGAGGGGGGCGGUUUUUGGUCGCUUGCCAUGCCGGCUUUUCUUCCUUUUGCUAUUCUCUUUUUUUUUUUUUUUUUUUUUACCCAAAAUAGCAAGGGAAGGGGGGGAUAGCCGAGUCCCCCAGGCCCCUCCCCUAGAUCCGCCGACGGUUUUGUCUUGAUUUUUUUCUUCCUACUUUAGUGUGUAGUUUCUCUCAGCUAAGCUCAUCGCGGAAAACCCACACAGACAUUACAGCUUGACGGAGAUUGCAAGGCAGACUUGAGGAACGGUUUAAGGCCCAACCAUCCUACCUUUGGAAAAUUCACAUCUGCACAGUUUGUUCCAGACCACCAUCCCUGCAUCCUUAUAUGUCCCGUCAUUCCGUGAAGCGGUGCUCCCUGGUUUAUCAGGAUAAAAGCGAAAUGGCGGAAAAAGGACCGUCUCACAGCUUGGGUCAGACCACUUGGGAACUCGAAGGAGUUUUAUUCGGCCACGCUCGAUGGGAAAACCUGUUUUCAUGUUUAAAGAUAAAGAUAAAUAAUAAUGUUGGCUUUGAAGAAAUUAAGAUUACUUUUAUUGCUGAGUUAUUCGUUGCUUACUUAUUUUCUUUUAUUAUCUUUGGUGAUAAUAAAAAUCACAAAAUGCCCACUGUAACUUAACAAUUUGAGAGUUCAUUAAACGGAUUACUAAAAAGUGCAGUAAAAUCAGAGAUAAGAAUGUAGGGCUGUGGGGGCUAGUUAGGGUAAACUCGUUUUCACUUCAAACCGAUAUACUGAAACAUCAUACUAGACCCACCACAAGUAAUCUUAACAACCUUUAUGUCCCAAUCAGUUUUCUCUUUCUUAUGAAUUACUUGUGUAACCUCCUCUCUUACCUUCGCAGCUUCCUGUGUGAUACAUAAGAUUAUUCUCCAGUCCCUUGCAGUAGUUCAAUUCAUGCCAGCACUUGUUGUCGUACGUAGUUCCAUUCGCAGUGCACACUGGGUCCUGAUAUGACGGGUAGUCUUUGAAACACUCACAGCAAGCUUCAUGUGGCCUGUAAGUCUUACUGACUCCAAAUGAUGGACAGUGAACGCCAGGGCAUGGAUUUAAGUCUGAAAAGCGCGUUCAAUAAAUAUUCAUCUGAUUAUCUGAAUUAUGCAAGCUUCCAUCCUUCGCAUUUUUAAUAGGUUUGUCAAAUUUAAGAAGUCAAACACUCAUUUUACGCAUCUAUCCAGAGACAUUGAGGGGGUCUACUUGAGUACGUAAAUUGAUGCACAGUUAAGCCAGCCAUAGGAUUUCUUUCGGGGGUCGAGCAUUAAACCGCAGACGAAAAAUGAGUUGAAGUGUGUCUGCUGCUACUGACCCCAGAAUAUUCUCCGCCCUACGGAUGAAUGCUCCUCUUUUAACUUUUUGCUUAGGGUUUAAAUUGUCAGUGCUCUGUUGAUGACUUCAGCGCUAUCCACUGGUCUGGCAGGUUCCAAACGCCUUAGACCACGUGGUAUUAAGGAUGAGACUGGCGAGAAAUACUGCCAGCGAUAGCGACAUUUCGUUUUUCCUCAGCCAACUCUUCUUUAGAUGGCAAUGAUCAUCUAGAUUUAGAUGACAAAGCUCUCUUCAGCAACUACAGACCUAUUUCUGUUCUACCGUGCUUUUCAAAGUUUUUGGAACGAAUAAUUUACAACCGUAUUAUAAAUUAUCUCAAUGACUCCGAUGUCUUAUGUGAUAAUCAACAUGGCUUUAGAAAAAAUCGCUCUCCUAGCCUUGCGCUUAUCGAUUUGUGUGACAAAAUUUCUUCUGCAUUUGAUAGAAAAGAACAUGCCAUUGGAGUAUUCCUAGAUCUUUCGAAAGCGUUCGAUACGGUAAAUCACGACAUUCUUUUUGACAAACUCCAUCAUUAUGGGAUCCGUGGUCUGGCACUAGAAUGGGUCAAGAGUUAUUUUUCUGAGAGGACACAAUUUGUCGAAUUUAAUAACGUUAGAUCUGCCCCACAGGGGAUUUCCUGUGGGGUGCCUCAAGGUUCUAUUCUUGGUCCCUUAUUUUUUAUCCUGUAUGUUAAUGAUUUGAACAAUGCUUCCCUGCUUGAUGCAAUCUUGUUUGCUGAUGAUACAAACUUAUUUAUCUCCCAUAAUGAUCCUGUUUACCUAAUUAACACAUUAAAUAGAGAAUUAAACAAAUUGUCAACCUGGUUUGCAGCAAACCGGCUCUCCUUGAAUUUAGCCAAGACUAAUUUUAUGGUAUUCAAGCCUUGGCAAAAGAAGCAAUCCUUUGAAUUUCAAGUUUUCAUUAAUGAGCAGCCUAUUCUUCGUGUUUCUGAGACCAUGUUUUUGGAUGUUUUAUUAGAUGACAAUUUGACCUGGAAAUCGCACAUAUCCUUAACAGCAAAUAAAUUAUCCAAAUCUAUAGGUAUUAUUCAUAAAUCUAGGUUUUUUCUCUCUACUCACUCCCUUCGUACUUUAUACAAUUCUAUGAUCCUUCCAUAUUUGUAUUAUUGCAAUUUAGCUGGGCUGGUACCUAUAAGUCAAACCUUCAAAGAAUUGUAACCUUACAGAAACGUGCGUUAAGAAUAGUAAGCAAUUCUACAUACAUUGCCCAUACUGGCCCUAUUUUUAAGGAACUUAAACUCUUAAAAUUUCAUGAUAUCCAUUCGUUUCAAUUAGGUACUUUUAUGUUUUCAUUCGUGAACUCUACACUCCCUUCCAAAUUCAAUAACUUUUUUUUACUGAAUAGUCAAAUCCACAAUUAUAAUACUAGGAAUGCUCAGUCCUUCCGCUUGCCACUGUGCAGAACGAACACCAGGAAGUUUUCAAUUUACUUUCAAGGUCCAAACUUUUAUAAUUCGCUAAAUUCUGACAUAACUAGUUCUCCCUCCUCCGCUUCUUUUCAAAGAAAGCUUAAGGAAUUUCUUCUCUCUAGGUAUUAACUUCUGUAAGGCAGUAAUUCUUAACUAACUUACUUAAUAUGUGUGUGCGUGUGUGCGUGUGUACGUGUGCGCGGUCAAAGUUAAUUACCAUAAGUCCAUAUUGUAAUUCUAAUAUAAGAUUAGUUAUUUUAAGUGAGAAAGCCUGACUUGUUAUAAGCCUCGUGGUUUCUUUCAGGUUUUCUCGCCAUUUAUUCUCUGUCAUCAAUUUUCUUCAUUUUUUUUUCCCAUCUGUAAAUGUUGUAUAUGGCAAAAUAAAUAUUGUAUUGUAUUGUAUAUUGUAUCUCAGGAGUGACUGUAAACAUAAUAGUUUUCAAUUGAUAUUUCCUUUCUGUAAUUAAUUUUAUUUCUUUUGUAUCACCUGUUAGUAAAAAGGUUUUUUCCUUUAGUAUUGCAUUUCAACUCGAAAAUAAAGUUAACGCUCCUUCAACCAUUCAUUUCAAAAAAGUGAAAGAGAAUUAAAUUAAUUUUUCAUACAUAUACUUAAUAGAACGGCCGUUCCUUAUUAAGUGGAAACAAUAUUAAGGUCAUGGGAACACUAAAAAACGAGUGAAGAAAAAUGUCAGAUGUAGGUAGGAUCAAAUAUUUUCAGCGUAAGAACGACUUUCUUAAAAGUUAAGAAGUGGUCCGUUUGUAAUCACGAAUUCGUGAGACACGUCUGGUAUCCACAAAAUAUUUCAAUGCACGCACAUGGAGAGAGCUUAACUUACUCUGAACAGUUAAUUUUGCUGAGGCGUUUACUUGUUCCAGCAAAUUCUCAGCUGAGCAGGUGUAAACUCCUUCAUCUUCAGGCCUGACAUCUCUCACUACCAACCCGCCACUGGACUAUAUUAGUUGACUACAAGCAAGAAACUAUGAAUUCACCCUUCAAUGUUACGGCGAGCGAGGGCAUCCGUGCUAAGAUGAACCAUAAUGUUAUCGUUGGUUCGAGGGAAACCAAGGAGGUUACAAGGCUCCACGCACGAGCAGACUCAUGGUCACGUGUCCGAGGAGCGCAGGUGAUGCUGGGAAUGUCGCAUGGACCUUCUACCCGAAGGGCCUCACUCCGUGAAAUUUAACUGAGUUAAAUUGCCGUUUCAUUUGUUCAAAAGAGUGUUUUAUUUUUUGGACCUGGUGAAGUGGUUCAACUUAUAGAUAUCACUCAUUUCAGAAUUAUGUUUACGCCUGCAUUCGAUGCACUUUCCUUAACGUCUUCUACAAAUGUCUGUUUAAUGUAAACAUUUUGUGACUGAGGUCAUGUUUUUUCAUAUUAUAGCGAUUAUGAAGUUGCUUUGAUAUAGAGUCAUGCCAAG